UGAGUGCCAUAGGAUCUGAUCGAAUUUCUGUUCAUUCAAAGGAAGUUGAGGUCACUUAAAUCCAGUCAUCGAAGGUGAGUAGUAGGCACUCUUUAGUUAUAUACUUAUCGAAAGUAAAUUUUCAACGAAAUAAAUAGUCGAGUCACUUCAAGCAGUCGGCGUAAAAUUUUAUGCAAUAGUACUCAUCCGAGUCUAAGGUCAGGAAUAACGUUUGUUUUUAAGAACAGGGCUUUACGUUUCAUAACGUAAAUUUUUUUAUUGUCAAGUCAUCCGGCUUUGGUAGUAUGUUUAGAAACUUUCAUUUUAAUCACAGUUGUACGACGUUAUGAAGUCUUAUGCUCUUGUCUUGUCCUGCCGGUCCGGCCAGUACAGGUAUAGGCCUUAUAAUAUAUAUUUUUUUGCUUUCUUUCUCUUUUUUGUCUCUCAGACAGAUUACACUUAAUCUUGUAAUAAUCACCAAGUCUCUAAGCUUAAUUAAGGUGAACAGACAAAAAAUGUCAGACACACUGAAUUCCUCGUUGCAAAUUUUUAUUUUUAUCAUAAUGAAAUUAAGUUUAAUUGAAUUAUUCAAGUUACUGUAUUAUUAAAGCAAAAACUUGUUUACGCAAUAUCGCGAGUAUUUGUUCCUGCACAUUUAACACAUGGACGUUUCAAGAGCAAAAGCUUUUGUUUAGAAGUAAUGCGAAACUAGGAGUCUGACUGCAAGGACUUGCUAGCAUAUUACCAUGGUAAAACUUGCUACACCAUUACAUAACUCUAGAAACAGUAUCAUCCGAUCAGUAACAGGUGUAUAAACCAGAGGGUUUUUCGAAAAUACAUUUCCUUUUAAAACAACAUGUUAAUAACUCUUUAAUUUCCUGAAUAUUCAGAUCAGUAUGUAAAGAAUAUUGGCUUGUUUCCAUUAACACACAAAAUCCAGCUUGAAAAACUUGAGUGAUUUAUUUCAGGCUAGAGCAAAAUUGUUACUGGACCCAAUUUUAAUUAGGCCCGUUUCAAACGUCAUGCUACUGCCGUGCCGCACUAAAUUGAUAAAAUUAAAUUUGACUUUAGCAUGGCAGUAGCACAAUGAUUGAAACCAAGUCGUGCUACUGCCGUUUAACACCGUAAGCUUUGCCAUGCCACAUGGCAGUAGCUCAACUUGGUUUCAAACGUCACGCUACUGUCGUGCCAAACUCAAUUCAUACAUUAUAAAUACAUUAGAAUACAUUUAAAAGUUUACUGAACCGUUUCUUUAUUUUUGUGAUUUGUUUUCCGUGACAGCCGUUCUAUUAGACUGAGUUAAAUUUGAUGUCUGAAACCAAGUCGUGCUGCAGUCGAGCUUGCCUGUGUCGCAGAUGCUCUAAACCUUCUGUAUGGAGUAUCUGCAAAUUAGUGCACAAUACCGUGUUCGAAUCCCACAGAGUCGCAAGGACAUAUGUCAGCAUUUUUGAUUGGCUAGUUUCUUACGCAUUUUGAGAUUUGUCUGAUUUGAAUAAGUGUUGACAGGCCAAACACGACUAAUAGCUGGUGACAAGAGAGACUGAGGUUGUGAUAGUAAGAAAUGUGACUUUAGAGUCAGCUUGAACAAUAGAGGUUUUUCUUGCUCUCUUUUUGCAUAGUUUAUGCAGUGCAUGGAGUAUUAUACACUCUGACUGAGCAAACUUUUCUUUUGCCACUUUGAGUCUCACAUUAAUUUUAGAGGUUAUGAAGCUGGUCUGUUCCAUGCAUAUUGAGUUAUUAGUUCCUGUGGUUUAUGUUUCUACACACUGUGGUUUCUAUAAAUGUUUUCUGACAGGAUUGAACACAGAUGCAGUUUAACAUUGAAUGAUUUUCUUUUAUCUCUGUUUAAACGUAAAAGCCUUUUUAUUGCGGCUAAAUAACCUUAUUUUCUUUGGUUUUCUCCGAAAUGCCUGGACCUGAAUAUCUACAUGUGUGUAGUUUUUUUUGGCCAUGAAUCUCGUGAUUUCAUUGUGAUUUCAUUAAUGCGCACUACCUAAUGCAACAAAACUAUUUCCAAAUCAACGGCUUCGCGUAAAGAAAACCCUCCUCCAGUUCGAAGUUGCUUCCUACAAACGCAUAGGGAUCCGGCUUUCUUUUGAAGACCCAACAAUAUUGCUUCCAGGGGGAGUGAGGGAGGGAAGAAUCGGUUGGCUACGAAGUUUAGAAAAAAUGCCCCCCAAGUAUGCAAUUUCUCAACAGUUUUGUCCAAGAUUGUAGAACUGUUGGCUAGAUUACAGAAUACAUGGCAGUGCUGGAAAACUAGUCGGCAAAUUUACAAGCAAAUUCUGGCCUUGAAGGAAUUCCCUCAAACCAGUUUUUGUGUUUAGAGGAAGGCUUUAAAUUAUGCAUUGUGCGUGUAACUUACAGAUAAGCCACUAAUCUGCUAACAGAUAACUAACUAAUCUGUAGGUAGUACCGAGUUCCAAAAUAAACUGUUGGUAUUUAGCCAAGAAGAGGACAGACAAUGAGUACAAUGUAUAUGUUGUAGUUAAUUGUUAAUCUCAGGUAAUUUAAAUUUUUCCCUUGUUUCUGGGUAUGGUAAUGUAUGCUAGCGAAGUUGAAAGAAAAAAGAAAAAAAAAUACCUGAGAUAAAAGAAUUAACUACAACAUAUAUGUUACUGAAACAUUAAAAGUUUGGCCAGUCAAAUCACCAUUUUGGCCAGACAUCAUCCGUUGACUGGCCAUCAAUUUUGAGCCCUGUGAACAUAGGGCAAAGAUAUUUCAUUCAAUGAGCAUGCAAUAAGAUUCCACGUACCUGCCGAAAAGUUAAAAGAAAACUCUAAGAUGGCCUAUUACAUGUAAGAAGAUUACUCUUUAUUGUUUACUUAAUUGCAGAAUGAUGAUUUUUGGAACGUGUUAGCACUGGGACUAAAAACUCAUUGGCCAUUCAGCAAACUGUCAUGGCAGACAAAGAACACAUUCUAAGAGGAGAUGCCGCAGCAGAGGAAGCUGCAGAGACAGAGGAACAUGAAAAGCCUGAAGGGGGCUGGGGGUGGGUAGUAUGCUGUGGUACAUUUACAGUCAACUUCAUAGUGUUUGGUAUCCAUAACUCAUUUGGUGUGGUGUAUGAAUACUUGGUGGAUAAACAGAACUUAGGAAAAGCUGAAACAGGUUGGUCAAAGUACUGACAAUUCACAAUAGUCGGGAUACUGAGGGGGAGACAGUGGAAAUUUAAAGCUACCCUGGGUAUGUACCAUGCAGUUUGGGUUCUUGAAGUAGCCCAGACUUAUCCAACUUUUUAAGCAUAGAAGACUAGAGUCAUAAAAUCAAAUCUCCCAUAAGUAGCUAUCCAAAUUGUAUAUGUCAUAACAUUGAGAAAUAAUGAUUGUUAUUGUUGUAUAAAGGUGCCAUCCUCCAGGCAAGAAUCAUUUCUUAAUUCCUUCAAAAUGCACUAAUUAAAACAAACCUUUUCAGUUCCUUGGGGAGGUCUUGUCAUUCAAUGGAGGGGGGUAUCCCCACUUCAACACUUAUCUUCACAAGUAAGCACUUUCCAAUUUAAUAUAUUGCCUCCUACUUAAUUUUUUCUUCGUAUUUAAUUUUUUGAGAAUCCUGUCCCCUACCCUUCUGUCAGUGACUCAUAUAUGUAGUCUCUCCAGUUCCAGUUAAUUUUUGAAAACUUUGAUUGAGAUUGUACAUCAAAAUAAGACAAUGCUCAUAUGAAUAUUAUAAAGAUGGCUUGUGUCCUGUUCUAUAAACUUUCUUUUCUCGUUUAUUGUAAAUGCCUCAGAGGAACAGGCUAAGUGUAGCACACAGCCUGAUGCUGAGAUAUUUCGUUUGGGUGGAAACUAAGUACAGCAGGGACACACAGUGCAAAAUUUGUGGAGCAGCCAAUCUUGCAGCUUUUGUUUCACAAAAGUUCAAACAGUGUAUCAUCAUGAAGCUGUGUUGGAUAUUUACAUAGGCUAUUCAACAUGACAAACAUCGAUGAAUGUUGUUGAAGAAGAACAGAGAGGUUAUAUUUUCUUGAAUAAUAGUCACUCCUACUGUGAAAUCCCUUCCCCUCUCCCCAGAAACAAGUGUACCUAAUUUGCAGGAUAAUUUUAAAUAAAUCACCUCUCUUAAAUAGUCACCUCCGUCCCUAGUAACCUCCCCCCCCCACCCUCCUACCCUCUCAGGCCUCAUCAUUCCUCAUCAUCUCUCUAUAUCAACUCUUUCUUUCACAUUAACAUCAAGUUCCUGAAAAUUGAAUAUUUGAAUAUCCUCUUUGAUUGGAAACAAGCUUUGUUUUACUCAUUUUUCACAAUAUUUUUCACAAUCAUAGCUGGUUUUGCAAACCUGCAAAUGAUUUUUCCCUUUUGAAAGGAGUCAUGUGUCUGUUUUUGACAGUCAAACUAAUGAGAAAGGUUGUCUGACAUAUAUUAUGUUGAUCUUAAGUUCUUUAACUUCUAUGCAGACAUUCAGAUAGUUUAGUCUGAUCUGUCUAGUCGUCAUGAGCAACUGCAGGUACUGAGGUAGAAUUUCAUUGGCACAACUUUCCCUGGACAGCAUUUCAAAUUAUCACGCCUCCCCCUGGUUUAAUCCCUCCGCCUCAUUGAAUAAUUGCCCCCUUUUGGUACAGAGGAAUACAGUUAUGUGAGUUAAAGGAGUAGCCCUUCUCAUAAGGUGCCCACAGGCUCCCAGUAAAAGGUGUAUCCCAUCCAAUGUUACUAAUCUAUCAUUUUACUGUUUAGGUAUGCUCAUCUACAGGAAAAAGUCUAAUAGCUGUUGCUACGCACCCUCCCCCUCGCCCCAACCAACCAACUCAUGGCCGAGGAAUGAGCAAAAGAGCACAGCACAAUUCAGCGCAAUAUAUUUGCUUGUCUAGAUCGGCGAAAAAAGGAACUAUUGACAAGCCGCGUGUAUGGCUAAUCUCCUGAUAAUUGUCGAACAUGGCCGGACGUAUUUUGACCCUUAGUAUCAACAGUCUAACCAAACAGUAUUUAAUUAUUUACUUUUCGGGCGGUAAGAAGCGACUACCGUAAACACGUCUGCGUUCGCAAGCUAUUAUAGUAGCCGAAAAUGACUCGUUUAGUUUUACCAAUACCCGGUUGGAAAAAGCAUAUUCCGGUUAUAUUAAAGGCUGUAACUCACCUCGUAGAUCGAUUUUUUAUGUUCGUUAAUGGUUUAUCCUCUUUUACGGUGCAUUCCAUAACCUCAGAGCCCAUCAAUUAUUUUUUAAAUGGAUCAGAUAUCCUCCGUCAAAUAACCGCUGCCCAUGGCUACGCCUGCGAUAAGCAGCUCUGGCUGGAUUGACCCAAUUUUAUCACGUUACCUGUGUGCCAAAAUGGAUGGCUGUAUGCUAACCUGAGAUCAGGUCCAAUUUUAGCAGCCUUCAUACAUUCUCUCUUACAACGUGGUCGGCGCUUACUGCCAGAAUUUUAUUUAAAAAGCGAAACGAAACUAGAGCCUGAUCUCAGGUUAGCUUUAUGCUAUCCUUCAUGUGACUGACUUAUCCCCAGUCGCCACUCAGUCUCCUUCACAGUAAACUUACGCAAAAGGACAGUGAAGGAAAGAAGACGGCAAACCUUGUGUGACAAGCGUGACAAUGAUCAUGUUUGAAAAAAAUUUCGCCAAACUUCACUUUCCUAUAAAAAAGAUCUUUUUUGUAAAAGACGAGCUAAGUAAAAAUCACGAAAAUAAAUCGUUAAAGACACGUCGCUUUUGUCCCCUAUACUUUUCGCCAUCCUCUUUCUCUCUUUUGUUCAGUUGUGAAGCUCACCAAAAACGAAAGAGGCUCGUUGUUUACGAGAUUGGAGUCAGGCUGUAAGGUACACGUUGAUAUUAGCUAAAGCAACAAAAUCUUGAAAAGUAAAUAUUAUCAAGAACCUCUCACAAACGUGAUCUCUGUCUUUCCUUUUAUUGUAGCUUGGGUCGGCGCCAUGGCUGGUUCUCUAAACUUUCUCUGUGGUCCGCUGACUAGUAUUUUGUGUGAUCGCUUUGGAUGUCGUCGCGUGGCUUUUGCAGGCGCAUUGUUAUCAAUCAUUGGACUGUUUCUCACAUCGCUUGUCACUCAACUGCACUUUAUGUACCUGACUUACGGACUCCUCUGGGGGAUUGGAUCGAGCUUUUCGUUUGUACCUUCUAUUGUGAUUUUGGGUGACUACUUCGACAAAAGACUGGCACUAGCAAAUGGACUGGCGACGAGCGGAAGUGGAGUGGGUUCCUUGCUAGCGUCGCCCGCGAUUAACUACUCACUGCGAGUCGUCGGAUGGAAGAAUUCUUUGCGAAUACUCAGUGGAGCCGCGGCAUUUCUUCUUAUAGGUUGCUUUCUCUUUAGACCCUAUAAUAUUAGGAAAGAGCGUGACAGAAAACGGGUGACUGGGCAGUGUACGCGAUUGUGUGACGUUUCUAUUUGGAAAAACCGAACUUAUGUAGCUUAUGUCCUUACGGUAGCAGUCUUCCAGUUGGGAUAUCAGGUCCCUUUCGUUCAUCUGGUAAGUUCAUGUGCGCAUCAUUUGUUCGACGAUGUGCUUUUGUGUGUAUAGUUUGCGUGCUUGAAAGAUUACUUCCUUGGAAGUAUCAAAUCUGUGGAGUGGGAGAGGAUAGGGGAGCUCCGGAGAAUAGGGGGGCUGGAGAUGAAAGGGCGGGAGGUAGGAAUUAUGAAAGGAUGGAAAGCGGGAGAAGUAAUAGGGAAUCACGCAACAACUCUUAGUAUUUCAACAUCAAAAAUAAGACUAAAAAGCGAGGCCAAGAGAAAAGGGGCGGGAGCCGGGAAUGCAAGUUUAGUUACCGGAGGCGGGGUAGCAUGCGAGUAAGCUCUCCGGGGCGCUCUGACGGUGCGGCGGGAAAAGGAAGGAGAGCUUGCAACUACGUCUCUGGAAUUUGAAUAUAUGCAUCGAAAACGUCGAUGCGAAAUGCUGAUUGGCGGAGAUAACAUUAGUUAUGACGUCAUUACUCUGGCUCGUGUGUUUUGAUAUUUGCGCUUCGUGCUGAUUGCGGAAAUCUGACAGCUCAGUCGAUGGAGAGUCACAAGGAAAUUGGAGGUGAAAGCUCUCCUUCCUUUUCCCGCCCCGCCGUCAGACGGCUUGCUCGCAGGCUAAGGGCGGGGUCGUUCCAGUACAGUUAUUCCCUGAUCCCUGUCAUCACCGUUUAUUCUGCUCAGUUACUCAACAGGCUUUGAACUGGCUACUUCAAUCCAACCUCGUUUCCAUGGCCACCUAGAUUCUAAGGGAAAAACCCUGAGAACGAGGCUUGUGCUUAUAUUUAUGCUUGUGUUCGCCAGAUGAUCGCGACUUUUUAUCUUUCCGUUGCAUCGUCGUGAAUUCGUAUUCCUUUUUUAUAGCUUAUAACAAGAUGACAAAGAGCCAAAGUCGUCUCAUAUCGAAUAAAAGAAGUCGAGUGACUGUUUUACGAAAUUAAAGCAGCGAUAAGAUGUGGAUAAAUUAUCCCGGCCGGGCUUUUCAGCAAUACAUCAUGAUCCACUGUUUAAUCGUCACUGUUUAUCUUUUCCUCUCCAGGUUAAAUAUGCCGGUGAUCUUGGUAUCCCAUCUUCCAAAGGUUCCUGGUUGGUUGGCUUUCUGUCAAUUAUGUCCACGGUCGGCCGUGUAAUAUUCGGCAAGAUCUGUGAAAUGCAGUGCGUCAACAAGCUCUAUGUAUUUCAAUUUUCAGUAUUCGCCAUGGGUUUUAGUACGGUGAUCUGUCCAAUCACAGAGGGAUACGUAGGACUGCUUGUCUAUUCUGCCGUGUUUGGAUUCUUUGAUGGAUGUUUUGUGGGUCAGGUUGUUGUAAUCGCGGGGGAUAUCGCGGGUAGAAGGAGACUUUCUCAAGCCGUAGGGAACAUGUUUGGUGUUGGAGCCAUUCCUAUGAGUUUGGGUGCACCAGUAGCAGGUAGGUUUCGUUUAAUUCUACCUCCCAGGACUUGCUUAACACAACAACCAGAAUUCGUGUCGUCUUUUGCUUCCUUCUUUAAAUUUUUCAGUCCCUCUGAGGUCUAUAAAAUCAAUAGCUUUGAUAUUAGUAAUUUGUCGGCAAGAAAACAAACAAACUGAUUGAAGGAUUCUGUUGUUGUAGUAGAAUGACGUCAUCGUGCAAUUGUCCUAUUUGGGGGCAGCCUCCCCUAUUUUUAAACCAAAAAGAAGUCUCGGGUAGGCCGGGUUCAUGACGUCACCUUAUGACAUUAAGCACUAUAGCAGGGGGCUCUAGCAACGCGAACGUUGACGUCCAAGACGUAAAAAAUGGCAACCGGAAGUUGAUAUUUUCUCUUUUUCAGUGCCCUGACUCGACAAAUUCGUACAGCGGGAGUAAAACAAAGGCAUUCAGAUUCGUUGUGUGAGACAAAAGUGUUCCAUCAAGCGAGACAUCGAACUACCAUUGCUAUUCAUGACGUCCUGGACGUCAGCGUUCUCGUUGCUUAAGCUCUUUAAUCAAUCCGUUCCCAGGACAGUAACGUUUUUUCUAUGAAACGAAGAGAACGACUAGGGGCCAGACUGUGGCGUGAACAUUUGCGCGCCUGCACUUUACGACUGAAUUUGUCUCCAAGUUUCUUCUCUUGGUGGCGUUAGCAACAAAUCACAACAAUUAUCGCUCUGUCAUAUGAAAUGUUUACUCGUGAAUGUUAGUAUAGGUUGGAGUGAUUCAAGGUUUUAAAAAUCUCAGAAGGAAAAAUUAUAAGUUUCUAUGCGGCGGUAAUGGAUUGCAGCUGCGCAAAGGGAUAUCAGUAGGGAAAAUCGAACUUUUAUCAUUUAACGCGUGAUCUCCCUCGUUUAAGCGGAAUAUCUUCACACCAAAAGACCUUUUGAGCUUUUAUGGAUUAAACCCUAGCCUGCGAGCAAGCCUGAGUGACGAAUAUGGUGAGAAAGUCACACCGAGAGACACACGAAAGAAGACGCGAGAACGGAGGACGUUCCUCGUGGCUCGCUUUACUCGCCCCCAGUCCAUGAAAUAGAAAGCUUGCUCAUUCGCAGGCUAAUAAACUCCUGGCCCUGGUAGUUUAAACGUUGGAUAGUGUAGCCUGCAUAGCAGGCGGCCCUCGCGCGGGCUCGUUCUUUCUUGCGCCCAUUUAUUUCCUAGCGCCUGCUACGCAGGCUAUGGAUAGUGCUAUCCACCGACUGUACUAUCUAGCGGAUAAGUAUUAUGGAAGACAACUGGGUUAUCCAGUGGUGAGUGAUUUAUCCAGUGGAUAGCGCUAUCCACCUUUUGAACAACUUGGGCCUGGUGGUCAUAGCCUGAGUAUCAGGCGUACUCAGGCUAGGUGGUCAAGUCAAUACAACCUGGUUCCUUACUUUGUCUGGCCCAUCGCCCUAACAAAAUGCAAACGAUUUUGUUGAUAUUUUUCACAGGUUGGCUGUAUGAAUCCUCUGGUUCUUAUCAUGAGGCCUUCUUUGUCUGCGGCAGUUUUAUCAUCGCGUCUUCUCUUCUAGUCUUCAUUGUGUCUUACAUGAUUCGGAAAAAGAGACGUACAGCCACAUUCAGAGAAACUUCCUUUAAAUUAACAGACCCAGCAAACUUGUGUGUGUGCGAAGAAAGUAUAGAAACCGGAAGCGAAGAGUGUGCUCUAGUUGGUUUGACGUCUCAGGAAGUACUCGUUGUAACUGAUAGGGAAACUGUACUUUAACAUCACUUGUUCCCAGGGUUAUCUUCUACUCGUCCCUACCCGAGGGACGAGUGGGAGAGGACCCUAGGAUGAUGACUGAGACAGCGGCACAGGGGGUUGAUGUUUUAUUGCAAGUUUUAUUCACGAACACAGAUUGUCUAAAAAAUUGUUUAAAAUGUUUUAUUUAAUUCGUCUUUCCAGGGUUAUCGAUAAUUUAUUCUUCUGUAAUGGUUGUACAAAAUUAAUAAAUGUGCGCACAUUUUUGGAAAUGAAUACCAGGAUACUUUGAGCGAGUCUGUUGCAUUUCACCAUAGUCGAAGGCACGUUACCUAAUUAAACCAGGCUUCCAAGACGUAAAAAAUCUAUCUGGUAAGGAAGAAAAAAGUGCCAAAGUGACGGUUCACCCUCAUUGUUAUUGCGUUUAAUUUUCGCUAUCAUGAUUUAGGUUAUGUACACAUUAUACCGGAUAACUUUUGGUGGCGCCACGAGAAACCAUCUGGUAUAGUGUGACUGAAAAGCUGUCCAAUAUGUGACUCUCUAGCCUGCGUAGCAAGCCUUUCCGCGCGAGUUCGGCGAGAAAGUUGGGACGUGAGCAAAAGACUCUCCAAAUUAGCGAUUGGGGAGGCGCAGCAUCGAUCAGUCACAGAAAUCGCGCGCCGCCACAACCUUUCUUGAGUGUCAGUCUCGUACCCAGUCGCUAUUUAAGUGUUUUUGGGGGUGAGAUUGAGGAUUGGGGAUUCGGUUGAGGAUCGCGCAGGGUCUCAUAGGAAGGGUAGAAGGAGAAAUAGCCAUAUUAUGCGGCAAGAGCCGAUUACUUACGGUUACAGUGUGAACAAAGCCUCAAUGAUUUUCAAAAAUUCGCCAAAUUUAAGACCCUGAAAAUAUUUAUUGUGCGAACUUUAAUACGCACCAGACCAAGCAUGAGGCCAAGGACACUGGACACAGUCAACUCUCGCCUUGCGGACACCCCGCUAUAACGGACAGCUAAAUCCCCGGCAAAAAGAAAUUACAGACGUUUGACCGAAAUAAACUCCCGCUAUUACGGGCUCUAGCUAAUGAGGACACUAACUCGAGGUUCCCACAGUGUCCGCAUUAAAGGGAGUUGACUGUAUUGGUCUAUUCUUGGGUUGCACGUGACGUCACCAAAAAUCAAACCAAGAAACUAUCGACUCUUCUGAGUUUCCACUUUCACGAGGUAUUACAGUACCUAAACAUCUUUACAUAAACAAAUUUUUGGUUCGAAAGAGUUCUUCGUUUUGCGAGAGAGGACGCUUGAAUUUCCAGGCUUUUACGUGACGGGGCAUUUAGCUGGCGGCCGGGAAAGCUCUUAUGUGGGUUAAAAACAUUACCGAUUUUGGGAGGUUUUGCAAUCUAAACAUUCCUUGUCUCAGAAUAAAUAUUACUGUAAUCUUUAUGAGUUCCUCAAGCGAAGAAUUCACGCAUUAGUAGGACAACUCGAAAACGAUGUUUCUGUUGGUAUCCGGCGGCCAUAUUGGUGUUCCUGAAAGGGACACCAACAUGGCGUUUCCAUACAAAGCUUUAUAAAUUUAGGUAAACCGUUUUUCCCAAUAUCUCGCAUUUGAAAUAUUUCACAGACCUGAUUCUUGGCAAGGGUAUUUGUAUAUUUAUCUUUUUUCAUUUCCCAGAUUCUAGUCCUUCUGUAUUGAAUGGUUUGCAUUUUUGUUUUUCACUGCGUGACAGUGCAAGCCGAGAAUUGAUUGAGACGAUUUAGUGACGUCAUGAAAAAACCAACCAUUCAUGAGUACAUGUACUUAACAAUUUCCGCGAAAUUGAUUUUCUUUAUUUUAUUUAAUUUAAUUUAAUUUUUUGUUUCUUUCAUGUGUUUGUGUUCUUUUUACUUUACUUUAAUUUAGCCUGUCCACGCAGACAGGAUUCGUCACUCGAAGCCGCGAGGUUACGCGAAAUUAUUGUCCCGCGGAGAUGAUUGAUAUUAAUACGUGAUUUGAAUAGUCUGGCAUAAUUAAGAGCGUAAUGAUUAUACGUGAUAACAAAAACACAAAUAUUUCCACCCAAGCAUAAGUUUUUUCUUUCCUUUCGUGGUUGACGCAGGAUAGGAUAAUAUUCCAUUACAUUUCCUGUACGGGCAUAAACCGACAGACACGACUCCAAUCUGACCUCUGGUGAGGCUCAUUUUUGGCGCGUUGACGGUCACGCUUCAUGUCACGCUGAUCAUAUUCAAUUGCUUCGCUCAGUUGACACAUUCUCUUACGUAGAGAAACUGAAAGAAGCGUACGUACGGCUUCCUAUUUACACAGAUGAAAGAAAAUGUCGCAGACAGAAAAAUCGAGUCGAAAUGAAACGCAUAACGUGCGUAUAGAUUUAAAGCCCGACGGCGGAUAUGGGUGGAUUGUGUGUUGUGGGACAUUCAUGGUAAAUUUUGUUGUGUUUGGAAUUCACAACUCUUUUGGAGUUGUUUAUGUUAAUCUGUUAGACGAUCUGAAGCUGGGAGAAAUUCAAACAGGUGAGGUAUUAAACUAGACUUUUUUUAAAAUCCUUUCUUUUGUGGAGUUUAAUACCGACACAGAGCCGAGCUUUAUUGUUAACAGAGUUCUACCGUGCUUAGGAAACCACGUGUUGUAUUGGCCAAUCUUGGUAUCCAAAAGGCGCUUCCGUAAGCGUCGAGUAGGCAUAUGUUAUACAGAGUAGACUCAGAGCAGGUGAGAAAGGCAUCUAUCGGCCAGAAACAACAAACUAACACACUUUUGGGAAGAUCUUGAGGUGCACUAAGUGUUGUAAACCAAAGUCUAAGCAAGUCUUCGUUCAAAUAACCGGCCCAGAGUGUUUAAGGUAAACGAGUGGACAAUACUACUUGUACAUUGACCCUUUCAACUGUACCAUUCAUUUAUUGUUUUAGUCAUCUCACUUCAAAUUGUUCAGUAACUGAAUUAUAGUAAAAGAUUUCCCUAUCUGUGCAAUAUCAACAAAGUUCUUGCUAGCUCGAGAGCAAGAGCUGCAAGAGGGCCGAAUCAUAAUAGACUAUUUGAUCAGUUUUAAGAUCAAUCUCAUAUGGCGGUUAUGUAUGGUAAUGAAUUUGAAAGUACUUAAAAGUGAACCUUGAUCCUUCAGUUAGUUAAAAAAGUCCAAUCUAGCAGCAGGUAAAGAGCGCCCUUUUCACCACGCUUCAGCUAGUUGUUUCAUAAAGCGCCAGCCCUACAAAACAAUGCAGCCGUUCUCUAUGUACUCUCCCCGCGAGGAGACUGAGAAACGUAAAGUGAGUGUUUGGGGAAUUUGAAGACUGGGGAAUUUGUUUAAAUAUGUAAUUUUGUUUUAUUCUUUUGUUUGCCUCUUCAUCGCCUUGCCGUCCAUACCCUUAGAUAAGGGGGGGCGGUCUUGAAAAAAAUUUUUUCGUCCCUUCGGGCCUCAGUUUGGUCUAAAAAUAGGGGGGCGGCCCCCCGGACCCCUCCCCUGGAUCCGCCACUGCUAACUGGGAGAUCCGGCACCACUCAUUGGUUUGUUGCUGUGUGGACUUGCUGACAUUUUAUAUGUUUCGUUAUCCCCCGGGGGCUGCUCCUGGGAAUUCGUUGUGGGGGUGUGCCGCCCGGUUCUCCAAAUCCUGAACCUAUAUCAGACCCAAAGGUGUAGUUUCCACACCCGUUUUGAGACCAGACCUCUAAAAUCCAUACCCGUUUUCAGACCUGGCCUUUAGGCGGAACUUACGUUAUCAUUACUUAGAUUAGAGCGCAAACAAAAAAUUUCUUCAAAUCCCUUUCGAAUUCGCAUAUUUCUCUAUCUUACUCAUUUGGAAUUGAAACGAUAAAUACGUGCACACACUCCCGUAGUUCCCUCGAAAACCAUACCCUAUUCCAGACCAAAAUGGGCAAAGUUUAUAAAAUACCCGUUUUCAGACCAAAAUGGCACAAAACCCCUACCAGAUGGGGCGGCACAUAUCUGUAUGGCUUAUAUAAGGGAGUAUUCCCCCCCUGGGCGUAAUCCAGCGAUGCACAAACAUCCAUUCUUAACAUUUCCGUGUCAUAGAAUACACAUGGAUCUUCAGAUCAUUUAGAUAAGUCAUCCAAGACGAAAAAUGGGACCUAACCUUUAAAAUUAAGCUUGAUUAUAGAAACCAUAGAGGCUCGAUCCUACUUGCAUCGGAACAUACAGCCUAGUUUGAGAAGGACUCUUAGUUUUUCAAAACACAUACAUGAAGUUAUUAAAAGAAAAGGAAAUGAAUCACAAAAUACGCUUAAAGGUCUGCCUUGAUAAACAUCAGGGUGAACAUUACUCGCAUUUCGACAUGUGUCGUCUUUAAAAGCUGUGAAAAACAAAAAUAAGAACUGCGGCAUUGCCUUGCUUACAGUCUAUCGCUAGUGGAAACAGUAAAAGAUGGGAUUUUGACAUCUUCUUGAAACAUGAUUUGCCAAUUUUCUAUAACAGAAAGAGAUGUCUGGAUGCCAAUUUAUUCCGCAGAUCAUGACCUUUUUUGAAAUUUUCAAAUGAUCAUAUCAAAAGUCUUCGGGAUUAAAGUGGGAAAGAAUUCACUAAUCUGGUGACGUAUUCUCGGGACUAGUUUGGUCGCAAUUGUCAUAGAAUGUAGGCGUGGAGGCGCAAUUUAUUUAUUUACUUACAGAUGAAGUACAUGCAGUUACCAAAUAUCAUACAAGGUGGAAAAACAAUAGACGUUUGGUCCCCUACAAGGAUAAACCACCCAAAACCAAUCCUCCAUAAAAACAAAAGAGGAAAACCUAUCUCGCCAGGCCCUUAUCAACAAUAUUAAGGGGAAAACUAAAAUUUGAGGUACAAGGCUUGAAGCACGAAAAACAUUUGUCCAUAUGUCAGUUAUAGCUGGAAUUUUGUAGAAGAAGCCAUGGGAACGCUAACUCGAAGACGUAAAAAUAAAGGCAAUUGAGAAGCUGAAAACCUCGUGCGGUUGAGUGCAGGUGGUUUUUCUCUCUGACUUCUACCACCGCUCCCCCACCCCCCGGCUCCUCUCCCAUCGUUUUCUUGUUUGACCUCGGUUCAGUUCUACUGCGUUUUCCCAGGCCCUCUCGGUCAAUUCACCACCGUGACGACCACGAGAUCCAAAACGCUUUGGUCGCCAGAAUAAUGAGGUUCAGCGCGGCUGCGUCUCAGCACUUAACGAACCAAAAAACAGCCUGGUACGCGCGCACGUUUUCGUGGGUCAGUAGCCAUGCUUAGGUCGCACCAAGUUUGAUCUAGGUUAUGUAUAUGAUAAGACUUGUAAACCGCCCAUAUGCCAUGUUUGGCAUCUUUGAGGAGUUUUUCGCUCUAUUAAAAAUCGUGCUUUCUCCCAACAGAAAUGAGGACCGCGGAUUUUCGCUAAAUAGUCCGUAUCUGAAUUAAAAUUAAAAGCAAAACAUAAAGGGUCUAUUAGCUUACCCCUAGGCAACAUUUUUAGAGAAAAGUAGGUUGAGUUUGAUCAUCCGGGUGAACGUAGUCCUGAUUAUAGGACUGUUGUUGUUGACAGUAACUGACGAUUCGACAACCUGUGCGGUAGUCAUCUUCAGAGUCAAAGUGAGCUGUAUCACGUCAGUUGAUUGUAUUAUACUCUAGAGUUUAACGCGUUUAUAACUAGAAACCCCACUACUCCAAACAACAGUGUUUUUCUAAAUUAGCUUUUAGCGGUUCAAGUUCAGGGGGUAGUCUUCGAUAUUAUUGAAUUUUGCUUUGUAUUUAAUUUUAUCGUCAGCAUGGAUUGGUGCAAUGGCAAUGGGCUUGAACUUCUUCUUUGGUCCUAUUACAAGCGCUCUCUGUGACCGUUUCGGCUGCCGUAUAAUCUCCUUCGCUGGAGCUGUGUUAUCUGUAAUGGGACUGUUUCUAACCUCCUUUAUACAAGAUGUCUAUGUAAUGUACCUAACAUAUGGUCUUGUGUGGGGAGUUGGGUCCAGUCUCUCAUUCGUCUCAUCCAUUGUUGUCCUGGGACGGUAUUUUGAUAGAAGACUGGCUUUGGCUAAUGGCAUUGCAACUUCUGGAAGUGGCGUGGGCUCUCUUGUCGCUGGUCCUGUCAUCAACUAUCUAUUACAGUCGGUCGGUUGGAAAAACUCAAUGCGGAUUUUAAGUGGAUUUGCUAAUGUGUUAUGGGUAGCAGCCCUACUCUUUAAGCCAGCAAAGAGUAAUUUUGAACAGUUAAGUAAGAAAGCUGAAGCGAAAAAGAAGUUGUUUGACUUAUCAAUUUGGAGAAACAAAGCUUAUGUGUUAUGGGUGACUACAGUGGCUCUAUUUCAGUUUGGUUAUCUUGUUCCCUUUGUCCAUCUGGUAAGUUAUUAUUUUUUAUGCACAAAGUGUAAUACACCUGUAAGACGGUAAAACACCGCAAUUCAUAUAUAUUUAAUAGGGCCGGCUUAAGCAAGGACGACGGCGACGGCAACGAGAACGAUAAAAAAGCGUUAAGUUAAAAUAAGAAAAACAACAACUUUGCACGUGCGUCAAGGUUUUUCUGUACAUUUCUUUGCCUUUGUUGCACGACUACGACGUGAAACUACCUAAUUUCAACACAACGACCUCUUUUUUCUUUUCCUGCACUUUGACACAGUCCUCAGUUUAGAAUUAAGCUCCUGAAAAAUUUGCCAAAAUUUUCACAAUUAACGAGAUGGAAAAGGGGCGAUAAAGUUUGAAGCAAGCUCCCUAAUAUACAGUAACGUUUAUUUAACAGGUUAAAGUAUUUUAAUGGGUCCUUAGCAUAAUUUAUUUCAGAAGUGGUGAAAGUAUAUAGUAAGGUAGCCUUCCUCAUAUACCUGCAAGUCACUAGACUUGUCCUUUAGUUAAACUCUUGAACUUCUGCCUCAUGACAGGAAUGAGGAAGCUUAAACAACUAUGACGGCGACUUGGGGCCUUGGCGUCACUUAAAAAAGGCAUUCGUGCUGUUUUCCAGUCUCAAUCAAUUGUCAAGUGUUGGGGAAGAUUUCUGGGGACUUUGUCUGCGGUUAGGAAAAGCUUUGAAAAAGUUUGUGAUUACAAAUGCUAUAAAACGUGAAAUUAAGAAGUUUCAGCGACAUCGUAGUCGUGCAGCGACCGCAAAGUCAUGUACAAAAAAGUGUGAUGCACGUGCAAAGUUGUUGAGUUUUUCUUCUUGCUGUUGCCGCCACCGCCACCGCCACUAAUAUUAAAGACCAAGGGCCUGUUUAUAUGAAGGUGGGGGACCCCAGGUAGGUGAGGUAACCCACUUAGGUGGAGUAAGCCGCCUGUCCAUAUAGUCUCUCAUUUUAAUUUGAUCACUUUUACAUGAUAGGUGGGGUGACCCGCCACAAGUUACCUCACCUAUCUGGGGUCCCCCGCCUCCAUGUAAACAGACCCUAAGGGUGGAUUUCCACUGUCGCCUAAUUUUUCCGUGCGUACACACGUAAAUGUUAAGCGCGUGAAUAAAUAGAGGCAAUGUAUGAAAGGCUACGCGUAAACGUAAAAGUUGAGCGAGGUUCAACUUCUAUGUUUACGCGUGACCGUCCGUACAUUGUCUAAUUUUAUUUUCGCGUGUAAAACAUACGUGUCUACCCAUGGAAAAUUCAUGUACACGAACCUUAAAGUAGACCAGUUUUCAAGUGAAUUACAAUCAAAGUUUUAUUAUUCCAUUUUUCAUUAAAGAGUGGGCGUUUGGGAGUAUUGUUGACGAUUUUUAGUAGUGGUGGUGGUGGUGGUGGUGGUGACGGAGUAAUGACGAUGAUAAUGAUAGAUGGGCGGGUUAUUUCAAGUCGAUCUAGUUCUUGGAAUACCAACAGUUACUGUAAACAGAGGAUAUGGGUUGUCUUGAAAACUAACAUGCUCUCUUGAUUAUAUCACAAUUUUAGGUAAAACACGCUGAAAAUUUGGGAGUUCCAACAUCCAAAGGAGCCUGGUUAAUUGGAUUCCUUUCAAUCACCUCAACUUUAGGACGGCUGGUGUUUGGCAAACUUGCUGAUCUGAGAUUCAUCAACAGACUUUACAUGUAUCAGUUCUCUAUUCUCUCCAUUGGAAUAACAACGCUCUUGCUUCCUUUGGCUAACAAUUAUGCAGGGCUUGUUAGUUAUGCCUUAGUGUUUGGGUUCUUCGAUGGCUGUUUUGUUGGUCAAAUUGCAGUAAUCACGGCGGAUGUUGUUGGACACGAAAAGAUGUCACAAGCAAUUGGUAACAUGUUCGGUACACUGGCAAUACCUAUGAGUUUGGGACCCCCGUUUGCAGGUCAGAAUUCGUGUAUUGGAUUUUUCUAGUUCUUCCACAGGUAGCCCAAGCUCGAAAUAUGAGCAUCGGCGAGCAUCGGCAUUGUUGCGUAACAUUCAAAAUAUAAGGAUUUGUAUGGGCAAAAACCUAUCGUUUCUCUAACCUAUGAAAAUGAAAGGAUUUCACUAAAAAACAGCUUACCUUACUUAAAAUGUGUGUUACGUCUCUCCUGUGUGGGCCACGGGCUGAUUUAUGGCCCUUUUAUGGGCUUCUAUGUAAACGGUUUUUCCCCAUACAAAUCCUUAUAUUUUGAAUGUUACGCAACAAUGCCGAUGCUCGCCGAUGCUCAUAUUUCGAACUUGGGCUACCUGUGGUUCUUCAAGUUGUCAAGUAGUUAAGGCCCUGUGCGGACUGCCGCACUUUCCAAGCCCGGGGGUUACUCCUUAUAAUGGCCUUUACGGGAAGGCACCGCCCAUAAGGGGUACCUUUUUGUUUUUCUACUUCUAAUCAGACCUCCUUCAAGCAUUAUGAAAGGGUAGGGAUUUCACCAGUCAAACUAGAUGAGAUUGUUGGGAAAUCUGUCAUUUAGAUCUGUAAAAGAACCUCAAAGGGCCAAUAGUUGCAUCUUGUGGUUAUAUAGAAGUCGAAACUUCUACUUUACUGACUGACGUUAUUCAGUUUUAGAAGACAGUUCAAUUACAGCAUUUAAAAGAGAUGCAGUGUUCUAAAAUGGGUAUGUGAAAGAGGUAUGAUUUGCCACAUGAUAGAAGGUAUACGAAAGGGGUACCUUUUUCUGUAAAAAUGCAUGGUAUAUAAAAGGGAAAAGGGUCGGACCUUUGAGCGGAGCAUCCCCGUGCAAAACUUUGUUGAGUACUCUCCCCGGGAUCAUACUCAGUUUCAGUCAAUAAUUGUUAUCAAUCUCAUCUUCCAAAUAUGGUAAGUGCUAGUUGGUUGUGAAGAAUUAACGGGGGGGUUGGAGCCAGUCAUAAACGUCGAAAUAUUUGAAUGUUUUUCACUUGCAGGUUGGUUGUACAAGGAAUUUGGCUCAUAUGAUGAGGCGUUUUACAUUUCCGGUGCGGUCGCCGUAUUUUCCUGUCUCCUACUUUUUGGCGUUGAAUAUAUGCGAAGAAAACACAGCAAGUUCUACGUUAUGGACGACAGAGGACUCAUUUGUAACUGUGGUCAAACUAAUAAUCAGAGCAGUUCUUUUGAGUGCACAGAAGAAUCUGCUUCUGAGGCUGGUGACAGCGAUAUUGAAGUACAGCCGAUUCUGGAGUCCAAGAAAGCGGCUUCUGUCAAGAAGCGAUGUUUCCUACACGGCUCUACAGAAAUUAGUGGCAAACUUCUUGUAGUCGAGAGAGAGACUGUUCUUUAACGCAAGUUUUAUGAUAUCAAGACCUAUGAAUAGCAAAAAUAGAGAUGUAGACAAUAUGAUGACAAGUGGUCCGAUUUUCAGGUAUCUUUGGAAGUUGACCUGUUCCAAACGUUCAGAUAAUGGAGAGGGGCGCGCGAACAACAACCACCGUCCCCACUAUCUGAUUAAUUCGCGAAAAGUUGGCCUCGUGUUCAAGGCAUUUAUAGUCUCCUUCGCAGCCGUUAUUUGGGUCGUCACGCAACGCUCCUCUCCCCUCCUCACUCCUCUCCUCUUAGUGGGGAGGAGCGUUGCGUGAUGACCCUAAUUUAGCGAGUCAAGAACAACUUCGAAACUUCACCUUUUUGCAUGCUAGUAAAAGGUUUUAGUGAUUUAGGUUUUAUACAUCCUUUCAAUCUAUCUUAUUGUUCUUAAGGCCCCAUCCACACCAGCCAUAUCCACCAGAUACAUGUAUUUCACGUACCCAAAGCUCACGAGUGAGAAUCGUUGUUGCCUGACAGAAAUAUUAUAACGGUUUGUAUGGAGAUUUAAGCGAUCAUUAUUUAGUGGUCAAAACUAGUAAUAAAAAGCAGAACUAAAACUCGCUGGAAUCGUCCUAAAACGGCCAAAAAUGCUAAGAAAACACUAUAAAUUUAGACGAGGACACAAGGAAAUAAAUUCUAAUGUAUUUGACCCCUAAAUAACGAUCGCUGAAAUCCCUAUACAAACCCUUAUAAUAUUUUUGUUACGCGACAACGAUUGUCACUCUUGAACUUGGGGUACCUGUGGUAGUGCUGAGUUGAUGGGGAUUUUUUUCUCCGUUGUAGCCUUCCUUUUCCACGUAAACGGCGUUUUCGGGCACCAAAAAAGCAGUUUUUAAAAAACCGUCCCCAGAGUGGAGACUUUUGAAAACCUCGGCUUUUCGUUUGCGUAUGGACGGAAGAAAACGAAGAUUUUCAACUACGAUGCAUGAUGUCACACCAUAUACUACGAGCAUUUACGCAUGCUCCCACCCUGUUUGGGAUGCUAUCGUAUUUCCAUCGUUUUAGCGUUUUCAUAUGGACGGGCGCAAACGAAAGCAUAACUUUGUGACAAAGGAGAAAACAACUCUCUGUUUUCAAAAUUAUCCUGAUACGUAUUCACAGAGCCAAAUUUGAUUCCAUGAGCCGAGUUGUCUCGCUUUGCAAAGGUGGCUUUCAUCCCAGUGUUGCGACAUGUUGAUUCCAGAUUUUCAGAUAGCCUUUGUAUAUAAAAUGACGACAGCCAAAUCCUGCUGUUUCAUCCAAGACAAAAAUAUAGACAUAAAUAACAAAACAGCAAAGACAAAAGCGACUUGAGGUUUCCCGAUAUUUCGGACGGACGAGCCGUCCUUCUUCAAGGGAUUUAAUGAAGAAUCGGAAAGUCGUGGGGCAAUCUUGCCAAAGCGACCCAGCCCAGAAAACCAGGCCCACCCAGCUCAUGUAAACAGCCUUUUUAUUUCCACAACGCUAGCUUGUUCCAGGCUUUCAGAUAAUGGCAAAUGACUCGACCACACCCUGCACCAGCCCGUCUCUUUUUUUUCCUGCUCUUUUCCAAAAUUAUUAACCGACCGACUUUCAAAAGCCGUCUAUUGGAAGUCGGUUGAUUUAUUUUGAAAAAGAAACAGUGAUAAAUUAACAGAUCUAAUCUUGCCAUUAAAAAAGCUCCAACGUCAACGUUUCUCGACAGGUGCGGAUCCACACCGGUUCCACCCUUUAACGGAAAUCUGUCUGAUUUUUCAUUAGGGAUAUAUUUUUAAUAAAUAAAAAACUUUCCAAGUUGCAAGGCUUCAUCUAACGUGAAUGGAACUGGCCACUAUCCUGUCUGAAUGACUUGGAAACCCAGCAAAGGGGACUUUAGGGAGUUAAAAUCUAAAACAUUUCCCGGAGGACCAUGCCCCCCUCCCCCGCUUCUGAGCCUUCGGCGCUCGUUCAAGAAAUCGGUCAGUAUUUAUCCUAGAUCCACGCCUGCUCGACUGACGUAGUCUUUUAUCUCAAAUGAUUACCUGUAUCGAAAACUACGGAAUCUAUCAGAACACUAUUCUGAGACACUUGCAAAGACAUAAAACGUCUCCGAGUCACAAACAGACCUCUUUCAUUAUAGCGGCCCAAGUACUUUAAUAGAAAUGAUAAUUAGCCAGUUUCUGACCUCGUUAGCAUGUGCAAAAUAUAAAAGAAUUCUUACUUUGAAACGAGACCAAAAAAUGAAUUACCAUUGUUUCAAAGACAUUGUUUCAAAGAACGAAUCAGGAAAGACCUUAAGAGUAGACCUACAUAACCAGACCAAAAAGGCUCAUUUAUAUGCGACAAACUUAAAGCAAGGGGCACACAUACACCAACCCACGGCCUGGUCAGUACCUCACACAUGCGCACAGCCAUAUCACGCGGGCAGUGGCAGCCAUGGACAGCUGUUUCGCCCUUAUUGGGGCUCAUCAGCAUGACAUAGCUGUCGGGUUUGUCUCAUUUGUAUACAUAUUAUGAGAGAAUAAAUAAAUGGGCUGCCGUUAUGAAACAGGUCUAUACGCUGGUUCUUGGAACUGUUUUAUGUCUUUGUACGGGUUUCUGCCGGAGGCUCGAUUCACCAUCAGGAACCUUAUUACAUAUCUUUUAAUGUAUUUUUGACAAGGCAAAUCCGGCACCUCACAUGCAUUACUUUCCAGUUGAGACAAGGCGCACUAUAUUAACUCGGUGUCGAAUCUACUCUUUCUUCCACUGGAGCAGUUGUUGUACUUUUUUCUUUUUUCUUAUUUUGCUUCAAAUUCCAAGUGAGGACCUGUAAAUACUUUUUAAUGAUAAAAUAAUAUAUUAAUGUUUUUAAAAUGUAAUUUUUACCACUGAAGCAGAAUUAUUUUUAUCACUUUUAUCAAUGCAGGUGAUGAUGAAACAUGCAUUUAUCAGGGACAUUUCAUCUAAUCUGAGUUGUAUAGAAUUUUGCCAGCUGAGCCCCGGUGUAAAAAGAAGAAAGACUAGGAAUAAACAUCCUGGCAGUUUAAUAUUGCUAAGAUUUGCGAUUUUAUUUUAAUCAUACUUGGCUUUAAACGUCAGGAAAUGGUCAGGCAAAAAUAAGAUUCAACAAAGUCAGAUAAAAUUGAACUCUUGUGAGAGAUUUCAAGGAAAAUGAAAUUUAAACGCCGCUGAUGAAGAUAUAUUUCAGAUCAUUGUGAUCUCAAUGACGUCGUUGUGGAACAGGUGAAUGUUCAUCUUCUAGAAUGUAGGUUAAAACGUUAUUUUCGUUUAAGAAGGAUGAAAAAAUGCCUUCUCGUGGCUGAUGGACUCUUAUUUCAGAUGCCUCUAGUGAUCCGAUAGAGAGACACGAGGAGCGCGGGAAGCAGUAAAAUUUCUGUCCCGUAAUUUAAUCAGUUAAAUUAUCAAAGUUGACAGGUCUUUCUCAGUAAUCAAAGCGACCGCUCGGUUAAUCAUUUACACUUUCAGUGCGAAGACUGUCACAAAAACAUUAACACCUUCAGCAUAAUUGCUUACCAUGAGAGUGGUAGGUCGCGGCGUUGCGCGCGUCUGGUCGGUUUUAACUGAACUUGAUCGUGCCCCACCUUUGUUUUCAAUCAGUGGCUGUGCGCCUUGAUAUGCCAACGUUUAUAACAACAACAACAACAACAACAACAACAUCUUUAUUUAAACCAGAGAGAAAUAAAUUGUUGACUGCAAAGGACCGCAAACGAAUAUGCCGCAAAACGUAGGAUCUAUAAAAGACCUGACCAGCAAAAAUGUACACUGAGUAGACACACACUGAAUUCUGCGAAGCUCUUCAGUUCUUUGACGAAUGACCGUUCACCGUCCUCUGCCUCAAGGAGACCCCUAGUCAGAAGUAAGGACCGAAACGGGCGACUUUAGGGAAAGUUCAUUUAAUAUGACAAGGGGGGGGGGGAUGAAGAUAUUGAAACUCGAAGCUUGAAAUUUUAGCAGCCCCCCUCGCUAGCGGUUCAAUUUUUUAGGAGCCCCCUCCUUGGUAGUCGAAAAAAUUUCAGAGCCCCCCCCCCCCCUCCUCCUUCAAUUCCUUUGCUCCCCUGAAAAAAGAUCGCUAGACUGUAUUAAAUAUAUUUACCGUUAUUGUCUUCAAUGGUUUAUACUAUGACAAACUUGAGAUACAGUUGUGAUACAAUUUUCUAAAGCAUUUUUGGGAUGAACAAGAGUGUAAUAAUUACUGAGACUACAUUUGUUAUAUCUGUAAACCAUGUGAUAUAGCUGAGUUGCACAGGUCAUUAAAUUGUUGAGUUGAAAACCAUCCGAUCUGUAUGAUGAUGUCAUGUGUUGGUUUUGAAGUAUACAAAUUUUCGGAGCCCCCCCUCCUAACGCAACAAUUUUUUCAGAGCCCCCCCUUCGGGUGUCUAAAAAUUUUCGGAGCCCCCCCUCAAUAUCUUCAUCCCCCCCCCUUGUCAUAUUAAAUGAACUUUCCCUUAGUGACGUGACCAGGGUCACGCACCUGUGAAACCGGACUCAUAAUUUAUUGAUAAGCUCAUCUGAUGAGCCGCUUUCAAACAAAUAAAUUUACAUUUUCUUGUAUUCCAUGACGACAGAGAGAGAUACUCCGGUUUAAUUAAUCACUACAACAUGUUUCAUUUGUUUUACAUGUACGUUGUUAGACAAGGUGUCACUGAAGCUAAGUUUGUUUUCGUUUCAUUUUGAUCAGUUGACUUUAUACCAAACCGCCAGUCUGAUUAAUUUUUCUGCAAGUCUUAAAAGCUUGCCGAUAGAGCUAUUUAACACCUCACAAACUGCCUCGAUUGUGCUUAUUUAACUCUGCUGGAAGGUUAAGAGAGCGUUUUGUAGCCGAUCAUCAAUCGCCAAGCUGGGUUGUUCGGGCUCGAAAACCACUCAGCCCAUUUCAGCGGCUAACCACAAUACAGAAAGUUUACAAACACGUGAUGCUGAAAACGACAACGGCGCCAUGACAGCUCCCAAGAUAAGCUUCCCGGCGGAAAAUUCGCCUCAAAGGGCGAAUUCUUCGGGCUCUUUUAACGUCAGAGCCAAGGUUGUACCUUUGAAACCCGGUAGAAGUUUGAUGGAUUGGAUCAGACUAGGGAAAAGUAGCCAAGACCUAGCAGGAACCGGUGGAAUCGCUCGUCCUGUUACGAUGGAGGAACUCAGCAAACACAACACGGAGACCGAUGCUUGGAUUUGUAUUCGAGGUAUUUAUCUUAUUGAUGUAAUGUAACUAAGAUAAUACUAAGUUAGAUCAAUUGCUUAUUACUGCAAAAUGCUUUGUUGCUGAGAGUUUCAGUUGACAAUAUUUAAGCAAAAAUUUGCAUAACCUGAUAUAAACACGAGAGGGGUUGGGAGAAUUCGAGACGGUUAUGCAAACCCGAGACGAAGUAGAGGGUUUGUAUAACUGUCGAGAAUUCUCAAAAACUUUUUAAAAUUUGUGCUUAGCGCGCGAAAAGCAAAAGAUCUUGACACCAUGUUUACAUACUCUCAUGCAAACAUGCCUCUCGGCCACUCAGAGCGUGGGUACCUUAGUUAUUUUAUGAUGCAAUAUCAGUGACAGUUGUUGUCACCUGCUUAUAAGCUUACACGUAAAGAAUACGUCAUUUGAACUUCACCUGUGCCUGUCUAGCAGAACCUCACGCAGUUAGCAUAGAGUAGAUCGAAAAGGAACAAAAGAUUUGUUUUGCCAACAUCACCCUCCCAACUCACUUCAUCCCAGUACCACGUAGGCUGCUCUGAAUAUACAUAUUUGUAAAGGAAACUUAGGCCCAGUUCAAGUGUCAAUCGUUUCAUGUACCGAACCUAAUCCCUUCAAUUAAGAACAUGAAAAGAUCGACGUUUGAAUCAAUGAAGUUCAACAUAUCUAAUUUGGAUUUGACUUAUGAAUUAAGAUCAAGUGGCCCACACGGGAAUUUUCAACUGUGGAGCGACUUCGUUUCAAAUGUCGAACUUCUUAUGUGCUGAACCUAAUGCAUAAAUUACUAAAAUUCAUUUUCACUUACAAGCAUUUUAGACCUUUGGACAUCAUGAAAAUGAAUUGAGUCCGACUAUUAAAGUUCGAUGUCUGAAUCAAAGGUUGAACUUAUAUCAUUUGGGUUGACCUAAAUAGGUAUCAAGUUCGGUACAUGAAAAGAUCGCCAUUUGAACUGGGCCUUAGAGACUGUAGGGGUUGGUAUCUUUCCUUACAAUCCCUUACAUAGUAUGCAUACAUAUUUAGACUUUACUUUUUAUUAAUUUUUUUGAAACCUUAUGAGAUUGCAGCAUAAUAAGAGUAUGGGGCCUUAGAGAAGGGGAAUGCUCCCUUAUACGGUAGAUGUAUGGGCUAGAUAGAGGAUAUUACAUGGCCACACGGAGAUACGAAAUUUCUCUUUGACUGUUGAAAAACAGUAAAAUAUUUUUUCUACACGAGAAGAGAAAUUUCGUAUCUCCAAGCGGCCAUGUAAUGUUCUAUUUAUAAUAUAAACACCAAUGAAAUACCAAACCAUUUCACUUUAAUAGUUUUUUGGUGUGAAAGGCACGAUUUAUUAUGUAGCCAUAGCAAUGGUGAUAUUUUCACAUGUAAAGAUAUCAAGUUUUUGCGUGAAAGCUCUGACACCUGGUAUUUCAUUAUAGGUUAUUUCAUGGUUGGUGAGCGCAUGCGAUUUUUAUUCACAAGUUGUGUUCACACAACAAGUGAAUAAAAAUCAUACAAGUGAACUAAUCGUGAAAUAACUUAUUUAUUAUAUACAUACAGAGAUUCAUAAGUGAACAGAACUCAAAGAUAAACAUAUCUUUAUUUUCUUUCAAAGGAAAACAACAUGCGGUCAAGCCGCCUCACAGUUCGAGAGUUGCACUGAAAUGGCUUCCUUGUGAAAUACUUUACAUCUAUAUUAUCAAGCAAAAAUGCUGUUAAAAGGCAGAACUAGUUAUAGUAAAAUAAGAUAUCUUGAACAUUUGUCGAAAUAGUUCUACGGAAGUUCAAAAUUUGAAAUACAGAAAUGAGAACCCGAGACUUCAUUUUUUGUUGCUUAUCAGAACCCACAUGCUUGAAUUGACAAACACUAGUCGGAAUCCAAAUGAAGAGAUUUGAUUCUCUUUUAAGUUUUGCUAGGGUUUUUCUCUGGCACUGAAAGUGUGGGCGAUUGAUUUAAAGUGUUUAUCGCCACACUGAUAUGUUCUCCGCUUAUAACAGCACCCAAAAAAAGAGAAAGGGGCUGCUGUGCUGCUUGCUUGCUUUGCUGAGAAAAAGUUGAAUGAAAUGUUGGAUGAGUGAGUUCGUCAAACUCGUGCUUCCUUUUCUCCGGAAUAGAAGAGCCAGCCUGAGGGAGCGAUUUCUCCUGAAUUCAGACUCCAGUGAGAGUGUGAGACAUGUUUAAGUGUUGUUUCUGUGAAACAGUAGAGUAGCUAGUGAUACGUUGAACGUUUUUGUGUCCUGGCAGUUGCAUAAUAUCAGUUGGCGGCAUGUCGUUGUUGACUAAAGUUUGAAUCAUAGUUUUUCUGCCGCUGUGGUUUUUGAAGUUUGGCCCAUGUCCAGCUAAAUUUCUGUGCCAUAGUUUUCAUUACGGUAUUAAGCUUAUUUACUCCGACUGGAGCUUUUUUGAACCAAGGUUUGCUGGAACCAGAUUUUACAUUGUUUACUGCCAAGUAAAAUGGUGCAUCGUCAGUUUUCAUUUCCGCAGGUCGCUUUUCUGCGUAGACAACCUAGGCGUUUACUGGACAUUUCUCAUUGUUCGGCACAGCAAUGAUUUUCGGUGCAAUGGCUCUUACAUUCCGAGGAUCAUUUCCUGAAGGAGUUUUGGUUUCUCUUUCAUUGAAUUCAAAUAACUCCUGCCCUGUGGAAGUUUGACAAAGUUUUACAUCUUCCCAACACAUCUCUCUGUGCUCCUUGCAGCCUCGUAACCUGAAAUGGAUUGUGUUGUUGAACCACACUGUGUUUAAAAGCGCUUCUGCCGUGGAACUUCCCAAGAGAUCCUUUUCAUACAAAACUUCAAUAUCUUCCUCACUUAAACUAGCAGAAGCAUUAGGCUUGUUGCCCUUGCCUUUCCGUUUUAGAUCCCUUUGCUUUGACUGAAGCCCUUUCCGAGUUUGCUCGAAUUGGACGUCUUUCAUAAGGCAAAGUCCAUUGUGCCGUCACGCCACUGAACAUUAUAUAAACAAUCAUUUUUCUGUUUCGUGAUUAUUUCCGCUUGAGACGUAGGUUAGUCAUUUUAGAGAUAGUAUCUGUUGUAAAUCCUUAUUAUUGGUCAAUCUGUUACGCUCGGAUUUCCUUUAGCAAAGUAUAAUAGUCAUUUUCUUAUUGACUCUCUAGUUUUUUCACAUCAACCAAGCCUAUGUAAGUUCUUUCCUUUUUUACCAUAUAAAAAGUAAUUUCAACUUCGCUGGUUAUGCUGCCCUAUCUCGGCCAAGACCAAAUAUCGGUCGAGGUAGCGGAACAGUAAAAAAGGAGAACUACGCAGCACACAAACAGAGCUGAUCGCCAGAAGCUAUGGACCACAACGAAGAUGAUUUGGGAGUUCAGUCACCAGGGCAAGAAACUUUCUUUUCAAUUCACUUGUCCCUUCGGACAAGUACAAUGUGUAUUUUGCUUGUCCGAACCACAAAACUACUUGUCCAAAAAUAGACAACCACAACAAUACUAAAGGGUAAUAUAUAAACUUCAUAUUUCAUUUUAGCUCGUAGAAUUAAAACUAACAGAACUCCACAAAUUGAAAAAACAUAUCUUUUGAUACAUUUGUUUUAGUCAUUGUGUUUAUUCAGGCAGUUCGGGAAGUGGCGGUAGAAUUUCUUCUUCCUCUUCCUCUCCUUCUACUACAAUUUCUGUUGCUCCACUAGCACUGUCAUUUCUCCCCUUUGCAAUGCUUGAAUGUCCACUGCAAGAUGCCGAAACAAAGUGCCUUUUCCUUUUACUGCUGAGAAACCAGUUGCUGAUGGCUGGCUUUGUUUAUUCUUGAUAAACAACCCAAUCGAACUCUUUCUGCCACGCUGGUUGAAACUUUCUUAUGCGCUUCGUUUCAUACUUUUUUUUGAAAUGUACAACAUUGCUAGUACCAUCAUCUGCAUCAUGUGUUUCCGGUGCUGACCUCUUUGAAAAGCUAGUAAGUGUCGACUGAAACAAAGACAUGACGCUUGAAGAAAAGCGCUGAAACUCGCUGAAACCUGACUGACAAGCACGUGCGAUAUCGUGAGCCUCCUAUUUAAUUAUGUUGUACAGCAGGACUCACAUGGAAUUUAAUGGCGGCACCUCGCACGACGAAAUCAAACACACAACGUAAACAAAAUGAUAUUUUAUUUUACUUUCUGUAAGAGCUACUUAUUUUUUAGAGCACUUAGGUUAUUAAUUACGGAAAGAAUAUUUUAUUAUAUAUCCAAAGAAAACAGGGAAGUAUAGUUUCUUGACCUUUUUUAAGUUGGACCUCUACAACUCAGUCGUCCAUUCGGACAGCUGGGAUCACGUUUUUCCUUGUCCGAACGGAAAAGUUACCCGUCCCAGACGUUCGGACGGCCCAAGUUUCCUGCCCUGGUCACCCGAGCAAAUCCCACUGCCAGACUCAGAGGACGAAAAUUAUAGAUGAACGAAAACAAUUAGAGGAAACUGCGGCCAAGCGCAAAGAAUUUUUAGACAGUGUGAUAAAAGAUAGUGAUGAACUGAUAAAAAGCUUGUUAUUAGAGGCGCAGUCUAUAAGAAGUUCAACGACAGGAUCUAUCAACUCCGUGACAUCCACGCGACUAAAAGCCAAGGCGAAAGCCGCCGCUGCAGUAAAAAAGGCCGAGUUGCAUAAACAAAGGAUUGAAAUCGAAUCGCGCUCAGCGCUGCUGAUAGAAGAAGAAGAACUCGCCCUUGCUAGGCGUAAGAGAAGCGAAAAAGCCAGGCUCGAAGCGCUACGCUUGGACGAAGAGGCAGCGAUCGCGUUAGCAAAGGCUAAAGCCAUCGAGGACGAGUUGCAAUUGUCAGGUGCCUCUGUUCACUCUCAAACGCCUUCCCUGCCAAAUUUACCACAAGUAAAUCCAAAGGAACGCGUACAAAAAUAUUUAGAUUCACACGAAGAGUCCUUUUGUCUCUCCCAUGACAUCACCAAAGGGGAAGAUUUGCAUUCGGAGCAAAAACACCACCCUAAAAACGAGCCUGGGGCAAAGGUUAAACAAGAACCAGAGGCAAGGCAGAAAAUCCCAUUUUACAGCGAGCUCAACCCAAACUCCCCACCCUUUACGCCUACACCCGAUCCAGUUCAAACAACCAUGGGUACCUACAUUGAGUUUAUGGCCCGUAGAGAGCUUAUAUCGAACAAAAUCGAAAAAUUUGACGACCGCCCAGAGAAUUACCACACAUGGAGAGGGUCAUUCGAGAAUAUGAUCGCGGGAGUGAAGAUAAGCCCCAGUGAACAGCUUUCCUUAAUUAUCGAGUACACCACUAACGAAUCAAAACGACUUGCGCAAAGACUCCGCAAUGCUUAUAUUGACAACCCUGGGGAAGGGUUAAAGGAAGUUUGGUGCAAAUUAGGAGAGAGAUUUGGCUCAAACUCUGUGGUCACGUAAGUUCAUCUCCAGAAAAUAAACUCGUUCCCCAAGAUAGGAAUGCAAAACAAUAAACAGCUUCAAGAGUUUGGGGAUUUGCUUCUAGAAUUACAAUGCGCCAAAAAUGAUGGAAGAAUAAAGGGCCUACAAAUUCUCGAUGAACCUGCCUAUCUGAGGCCUAUCGUCGCCAAGCUCCCCGCCGACCUACAAGGGAGAUGGCAAAAACACGCAUUUAAGUACAAAACACAGCAAGUGGUAGACUAUCCCCCUUUUGCCGAAUUUUCGCGAUUUAUUCAAGAAGUCGCUAAAGAAAGAAACGACCCCUACCUAACGCUAGAAAGUUGUGAUGAAUCUGACAGUUUCCAUGGCAUAUCGACCGCUAAAACUGCCGUUACAACUCCCGAAAUCCCUGAAAAAGUAAAGUCCGUCGAGAGUCCUGACAAGUGGUGUUUCCUUCACGAAAGACCUCAUCCCUUACGAGUCUGUCGCGAACUAAGAAGUAGACCGUAUUCUGAGCGCCUGGACUUACUAGCACGGCGCCACAUCUGUUUUCGCUGCGUUUCAUCAUCCAGUCACACUGCGAAAGACUGCACCUUCACCCCAAACUGCGGAAUAUGCCACAGCGACAGACACGUGACUGCGCUUCAUGUUGAUGGGGCAGAGGGAGAUGCUAGUCGAUUCAGCAAGACGGGAAAGAAGCACGGCGAGGAGCAGGAAGCUGAGACCUCCCAAAGAACGGAGCCUCCGGACGUGACUAACAGGUGUACCGAAGUAUGCGGUCAAAACACCGUUGGAAUCGGCAGAUCCUGUGCGAAAAUAUGUUUGGCUGACGUCUAUGACCCGAGCGCGCCCCAUGUAACGAUUAGAACCUACGUUAUUAUAGACGACCAAAGCAAUCACUCCCUGGCUAGAGCCAAACUUUUCGACAAGCUAAACAUUAAAGGCUCAGCCACUUCGUACACCCUCAAGACCUGUUCUGGCGUCAAGCAGACCCUCGGGAGACGUGCGCACGGACUGGUAAUAGAAUCCUUAGACAAGCAAGUAAGGUAUCAGUUGCCAACGCUAACGGAAUGCGAUGAGAUCCCAAACAAUCGAGAAGAAAUUCCCACACCAGAGGUUGCACGAGCACACCCGCACCUAUUUCAGAUAGCAAACAAGAUUCCCACACUUGAUAAGGAAGCGGAGGUUCUGCUGCUUGUCGGGCGAGAUAUCCCCGCACUGCACAAGGUUCAUGAGUCACGCAACGGACCCAGAAACGUGCCUUGGGGCCAGCGGUUGGACCUUGGUUGGGUAGUACUUGGAAAUACCUGUCUCGAUGGCGCCCACAAACCAGUAGAAGUCUCUACUUUCAAGGCCCAAGUCCUAUACAACGGUCGACCCUCCCUGUUCAUCCCCUGCCCAAACCGCUUCUACCUUAAACACGAUACCUCUCCUACAGCCUGGGGCGGCCAAGAAGAACACACACCCCCCAUAGGCAGCCCCUUUGACGAUGGCCUAGGGCGCAACGUGUUCGUACGAACAAAUCACGACAAUAAGCCCGGAAUUUCUACUGAGGAUCGCAGGUUCCUGAAAAUCAUGGAGGAUGGUAUGAAAAAGAAUGAAAACGGAAGCUGGGAAGCUCCACUGCCCUUCCGACACGACGUCAAGGAUCUUCCCAGUAGCCGAGUGAAUGCUAUGAAACGCCUUACGUCUACACGCCGAACCCUAGAUAAAAACCCAGUUAUGAAGGAACAGUAUUUUACGUUCAUGCAGAAGAUUUUCGAUAACGAUCACGCUGAAAUCGUUCCACAGGAAGAUCUGAGACCAGACAAACUUUGUUGGUACCUACCUCACUUCGGCGUAUAUCACCCUAAGAAGAAGGACAAAAUACGUGUAGUCUUCGAUUCAGCUGCUGAAUCUAACGGGGUGUCUCUUAACAAGCUGUUAUUGUCGGGUCCUGACCUCACUAACAACCUUCUUGGGGUGCUGUUACGUUUCCGUCAGGAUCCAGUCGCUCUGGUAGGCAACAUUGAGCAAAUGUUUCACUCUUUCAAGGUAAAAGAGGAAUUCAGAGACUUCCUACGGUUUCUUUGGUACAAGGAUAACGACCCAAACGGCGCGAUAACGGAGUACAGAAUGAAAGUUCAUAUCUUCGAACACUUCGUCACCAGCAGUAGCUAACUACGCCCUUCGCAAGACUGCCGAGGUAGGAGAAGCGGUUCGGUUCAGACGCAAAGUCGUUCAGACACCACAAUUUUUACGUAGAUGAUGGCCUCCAUUCCGCCCCGGAUCCAACCACGGCGAUAGAUUUGCUACGUCGCACUCAGGCCAUGCUAGCCACUGCAAACCUUCGCCUGCACAAAAUUGCCUCAAGUCACGCCCGGUAAUGGACGCCUUCCCCGCCUGAAGAUCAUGCAAGUGGCCUCCACAACCUAGACUUCAACAAAGGCCCCUUCCCAUGCAGCGAUCAUUAGAAUUUACUGGGACUUGCAGUCCGAUUCUUUCACCUUCCAAGUGCUGCUAGAAGAAAAACCAUUUACACGGCGAGGAGUUCUGUCGGUUACCAACAGCCUGUAUGAUCCCCUGGGCCUUGCAGCACCAGUCAUCAUUAAAGGGAAACACUUACUCAGGUCACUGAGUAAGGAAUUUAGCGCCUCACACCCCGAUGCCUGGGACUACCCUCUACCUGCAGAAAGGGAGGCAGAAUGGAAAGAAUGGUGUCAUUCUCUACGAGCUCUAGAAGAUAUCAAGGUUCCCCGCUCUUACGGAACAGAGGCGUUAAAAUGUUCCGCUCGCAUUGAACUGCAUACCUUCUGCGAUGCCUCCGAGAUGGCAAUCAGCGCAGUAUCAUACCUACGAAUUGUCCACAACACCUGCCAGGUUCAAGUAGCAUUUGUGCUCGGAAAAGCCAAGUUGACACCAGCGCAUGCCACAACAAUACCUCGCUUAGAACUUUGCGCAGCCGUUCUUGGGGUUGAGAUGACUGACCUUGUCCACGAAGAACUAGAACGGAAACCGGACUCAGUGACCUACUACUCGGACAGCAAAGUCGUUUUGGGUUACAUCUCAAAUGAAUCCCGCCGAUUUUAUGUUUACGUCAGCAACCGCGUGGAGCGCAUUUGUAGGUCGUCAGCCCCACACCAAUGGAAGUACGUCGCUACCAAUCUGAACCCUGCAGAUCUAGCUACACGAUCAAUCGAAGCAAGUAAAUUAAAAGAGAGCACGUGGCAUAGGGGUCCAAAGUUUCUGUACAACAGCCUUACAACUGUCACCAACGAUAGGGACACGGACGCAGAAAUCUCUCCCGACGAUCCAGAGGUGCGCAAAGAUUCUAAUGUCUUGGCUACUCACGUAGAAGUCUGCUCGACCAUUGGCUCAGAGCGCUUCAGCAGGUUUUCAGAAUGGUCCAAACUUCAAGGUGCAAUCGCAAAGCUGAUCGCCGUUGCACGAUCAAAGAAUGAAAUACUCUCGCAGGACAAUAUCACUGCCACCCAGUCUUAUCAUAAAGCAAAGGUUGUCAUCAUCAAAAGUGUCCAACGGCAAGCCUUUGGCGAAGACAUUGAACGCAUCACAUGCUCAGGAAAGGUUUCCAGACUGAGCGUUCUAGAGAAGCUGAGCCCCAUAAUAGACGGAGAAGGAAUCCUUCGAGUAGGCGGACGACUUAACCAAGCAGACCUAGCCAACGAGGAGCGGCACCCCAUUAUCCUGCCCAAGUCGAGUCACGUCUCAUCUCUUCUGAUCAGACAUUACCAUGAAAGAGUACAGCACCAGGGAAGAGUUCUAACGCACGGUGCACUUCGCAGAAGUGGGCACUGGAUCUUGGGAGGAAAGAGAUUGAUUAACAGCAUCAUUGAGAAGUGCGUGAAAUGUAAGAAGUUGAGAGGUCAAUGCCAGAUCCAAAAAAUGGCCGACCUACCUGUGGACGACUUAGUCCCGCCCCCCGCUCAGCUAUGUUGGGCUCGAUGUAUUUGGCCCCUGGCAGAUUUGCGCCCGGAGGACCAGAGGGGGCCUUGCUCACAGCAAACGCUGGGCCGUACUAUUUGCCUGCAUGUCAACCCGUGCAGUGCACAUUGAAGUCAUUGAGUCUAUGGAUACUUCGAGCUUUAUUAAUGCACUCUGCAGAUUCCUAGCUAUAAGGGGACCGGUCAUCCAGCUUCGCUCAGACUGCGGCACCAACUUCGUAGGAGCAUGCAACGAACUUCAAGCAGUGCUAAAACCUUCCGACGCUAGCCCUGUUAAAAGAUAUCUGCUGAAGGAAGGUUGCGAGUGGCUAUUUAAUUCACCCCACGCUUCGCACACAGGCGGUGCAUGGGAAAGAAUGAUAGGCGUGGCGAGACGAGUAUUGGAAGCCAUGUUAGCGGAUGUCUCGCCGAAAAACCUCACACACGAAGUCUUAACAACCCUGAUGGCUGAGGUAUCGGCUAUCAUUAAUGCUAGGCCGCUCAUUCCAGUCUCCAACGAUCCAGACGCGCCUGAAGUUUUGACCCCAGCGACAUUGCUUACUCAUAAGCCGCAACACCUGAAACCGCCAGCUGGGGAAUUCAGUGCUGCGAACCUGUCACACAAACAAUGGAAACGCGUCCAACACCUAGCCGAUGUUUUCUGGUCGCGAUGGAGGAGAGAGUACCUUCCAACGCUGCAACCGCGCGUGAAAGUGGCAAAACACGACCAUAACGUGCAGAAGGGCGACUUAGUCAUUCUCCGCUGCAAAGACGCCCCCAAGGAACGACUGGCCCCUCGCUAGGGUCACCAGAGCUCACACCGACAGUGACGGAAUGGUGCGCAGGGUAGACUUAGUAACCGCUUAGGUGGGAGCUCAAGGAGGCAUUAUAAACGCCCAGUUACAGAAACCAUCCUGCUGCCGUCAGAGACCCAAUGAAUCCAGCUGGAUCACUGACACUUUUCCCUCUUUAUUUUUUGUCUCACUUUACCGAACAAUUUAGUCAGUAGUGGUAUUCUCGAAUACCAGGCGAGGAGUGUGCCGUCACGCCACUGAACAUUAUAUAAACAAUCAUUUUUCUGUUUCGUGAUUAUUUCCGCUUGAGACGUAGGUUAGUCAUUUUAGAGAUAGUAUCUGUCGUAAAUCCUUAUUAUUGGUCAAUCUGUUACGCUCGGAUUUCCUUUAGCAAAGUAUAAUAGUCAUUGUCUUAUUGACUCUCUAGUUUUUUCACAUCAACCAAGCCUAUGUAAGUUCUUUCCUUUUUUACCAUAUAAAAAGUAAUUUCAACUUCGCUGGUUAUGCUGCCCUAUCUCGGCCAAGACCAAAUAUCGGUCGAGGUAGCGGAACAUCCAUAGUUUUUUUUCUUCAAAUGAUGCUCAAAGCUAGUGAAGAAUGCCAUUAAGGAAUUAGGCUCGUAUUCCUCAUUAUCUUCUUUUUUGUGAACCAUUAUAAGGAACUCGCUGAGAAACUUGUUCCACUCUUGAGGAGUCCAAUUGUCUCAUCUCGCCUUUCAAAACAAGAAAUUUGUGGAACAGAGCAACAUGGUGUUUGGUCUUUUUCUUGGUGUUUUCAUUUUCCUGUCUGUCUAUGAACUCUUCUACUGAUGAAUCUAGGCUCUGAGAAUGGUUAGUCUGAUUUGAAGCCAUCUUUCUAAACAAAAACGUGCCUAAGCUCUUAGAAAUGUGCUAUUUGUCAGUCAUUAGGAGCGGCGAGUGAGCGACACGGUUUUGUUCACUAGUGAAAAUAAUAUAGCCAAUCAGAGUGUCGAUACGUCGUUUUUCAUUGUGAAAAAAAUCGUACGACCAAUCAUCUGGCUUCUCUAACACAAAGAGACUAUUUUAUCUUGAUGCUUUUUGGCGCGUAAAUCUUGGUAUGUAUAUAAUAAGUGGUGUUUAUUUAAUAAAUAGGUAUAUGCUGCCCGAUAGAGUUUUGGGGGUUUCCAUCUUUCAUUAGGGUUUCAUUUUUGCCCUAGUUGGCGCUUUGUUCCUGUGGUGAUCCUCAGAUAGGGAACUAUAUCAGCUAAAAUUCAAGUCUGUAAAAUAUGCCCAGCUACAUGAGAAACAAAUCAGUUGUGUUAAAACUGAACUUUAUCUUAGAGUACUUGGAGUUCCCUGGAAUUGGGUCUUAAUCUCCAGGUUUGGGUCUUAAAUGGUGCAUUGUAUCAGUUUUUGUUUGUUUCAUCAUUACAUGUAAACAGGGUCAGGUCUUAAGAGACCCAGGGUGGCACACACCCCCAGGGGGGUACUCUGGAUUUCAGGUGUUGGAGAUGAUCGAAGGAUUUUUUUGGGUGGGAAAAUGUGGGAAUUUUUUUGGGGGUGGCUUGAUUUAAGUAGGGAUUUUUUUGGGUAUUCAAAACAAUCUAGAAAUUUGUGCUAGUGCCUGCGUAUGAUAACUUCAGAUGGUAUGAUGAAAAAACAAACACAAACAAUCAAUUUCUAAUGUUUUUAUUUUUCAUGUUGUAUCAUUUUUUUGCCUUUUGGAAAUUUUUAAAGCUCGGAAAUUUGGCGUGAGAUUUUUUGGGGGUUAAUUUUCGGUCCAGGGAUUUGUUGGGAGUCCUAGGGAUCUUUUGGGGUUUUGAUCUUUGCCCCCUUUGAUCAUCCCCAUCACUUUAAAUCUGGAGUACCCUUCCUGGGCACACACCUAUACAGAAUUUUUGGAAGUAGCCCCUCAGUAUGGGUCUCUGCAAGUUUUGAAUACACUCUUGCAGGGCUCGAAAAAAAUCCUCUAGUCGCCUUUUGGUGACCAGCUGGAGAAAUAUGGUCGCCAGAUGCAAAUUUUUAGUCACCAGUAUGUAUAAUGUACAUGAGUCAAGCAGCUCAUAGUAUCAGGGGUUUUGAUAUUUAGGUAAAUUCGUGAAAUUCAGGUAAAUUCGCGAAAUCCCGCAAAAGUCACUAAAACAUGCAAAAUGCUGCAAAAUUCGCAAGUCAUCUUAACAAAAUUAAUACAUGUCGAUACAACAUAAUUAUUUGAAACUUAUCUCGGCUACUGGGGCUGUUUAAUUGUAGCUGUAAACUUGCAAAUUUAUCUUGAAACUUCAUCACCACAACAAGCCCAAAACUACAUAAAUUAUGGUGGGAAAAACUGGGCACUAAUCAUGUGUCAAAAGCUUUGCCAUUGGCUCAUUUCUCGAGCACUUUGUUGUUAAAAUAGCAAAUGAUUAUCUCUGUUAAAAAACAUUGAACACGUUCAUCAAAUCAGCCUAAAAUUGUUCUAACAAAUUUCUAAUCUCUAAUCUCUCUCUCUUCUAAUUUCUAAUUUCUAACAAAAUUUGCCCAGCAAAUUCUCACGAAAUUGGCCUUUUCUUACCAACUGUUUUUCGGCAAAGUGAGCCAUGAAAAUUUUCCGGGAAUCUGUCUCUGAAAAUCCUGCAAAAUUUGACUUUUUUUUUCUUUGACCUGUCAGAAGCCUGUAUAGUAGUAUGGCGCAAUCCAUCACAGGGUUGUCACUAAGAUUUCAAGUUGCCGGGUAAAUACAACAAGUAGGCGGGGAAUCAAACGGCUAGGGAUUUCUUUUGAUUCUAUUUUUCUUCUAUUUUCCAAUAAAAGUAGCUGGGGAAAAUCCCCGGCCCCUGGCUCUUAAUGACAACCCUGCAUCAGAUCUGAUUGCUUUAAAAUAUCACAGACAGAAGUUGGUACAUAAUGAGGUAAACUGGCUUUGUUUAUGCGACUUGGCACAUUGUUUUACGACGAAAGCAAAGCAAGAUACAAUGAAAUGUUUGUUUUAACUUUUAUACUCUAAUAAUUUAAAGCUAAAUCAUAGAGGAAUCUGGUCGCCAAAGUGGCGACUAAACUAUAAUUUUUAGUUGCCAAGGAGAAAAUGUUGGUUGCAUUGGCGACUGCAUCAGUCGCAAUUUCAAGCCCUGUCUUGGAUAUUUUUGUUACAACUUUGAUAAAGAGAAAGGGUACAGGAAACAUGUAAAGUAUGAUAAACACCAGUUUUGGCUUAAAAACAUCACAGUGUCCCAAGAAUUUUUGUAGUUCUGGUUGUGAGAAUCUGGGCCUACGUUAGCCUUUAAUUCCUUCACUUACAUAUAUACCAAUAAAAUAUUAACAAUCUUGUUUUCUUGAUAGGUAGAGUAUAUAAUAUCACGCCUUAUUUGGAGUAUCACCCUGGAGGCAUUCCAGAGAUUAUGAGGGGUGUGGGGAAGGAUGGUACAGAUUUGUUUGAUGAGGUAUAAAACAGAUUUUUUUCUUUUACUGUUAGGGUUAAUAAAUUAUUGUUUUAGCUAUCAAUGUUAAUAUAAAGGUUUCAGGAUUAAGAAUUAAUUUUGACUUAUAAUAACAAACCGGGUCCAGAACUGUUAUAAAGAAAGAGUAACAAGAUUUGGAGGAUCAGGAAAUGCAGUCUUUUUAAAGAAUUGAGUUGCAGUGAAAAAAUUGGCCAGCAUUUUCCUUAAUGUUGUGGAAAAGCUUUGGAAAUUUCAUUGGUAAAUCCCAUUUCUCUCACCUGGGUGACAAAGCCAGUGAUCUACGUGUACUUGAUCUACGAAAGGAAGUGGUAUGGACUUAAAAUAAUUUGUACAUGUAGGUCCAUACUACUCUUCUUUUCUUAUCAUGCAUCUACCUCUGGCCCUUCAAAGAUAAGGGUGUACCCUCUCUUUACACGACUUAUUAAAAUGUUUGUUCAUGAUCUGGAUUAGGCUUAUAAAUUUGUUGUCAUCUGCACAGCACUGAGGGAAAAUUUCAGACAGAAUAAGGGAAACAAGAAUCCACAUAUUUGGGGACCAUCUAAUUUUUUAAAUACAAAUUUAUCCUCAAAAGUGGCCAACAAAUGUAGAUCAUAAUACAACUGGUUAGUCACUAGACCUUUUACACCUCCUGAACAACCUGGCCAGUGAUUGUGCAGAGCAUAUAAACACAAAUGUGUUUGUUUGAGGUUACAUGUAUCUCAUUUAGUAAAUUGAAAGAGCUGAGAGUGAUAAUGAAUAAUAUAUGAAUUUCAUUUAUUUGAGUCAAGGAAUGACAAAGUAAAUGUAAGGAAGAUCAUCACAGUUAUACAUGUACAUGUAAAGUUGCAACUUACAGGUAUGCAGUUGCAGAAAGAAAGCCUGAAAAAACUUAGGCUUGCCAGGAUUCGAACCCUGACCUCUGCGAUACCAAUUGAGCUAGCAAGCAAACUGGGAGCUGGUCCUUACGUUUUCUUGUGAUAUCCAGGAAAGGUUUUUUCAGGCUUUUUUUUGCAACUAAAAUUAAGUUGCGACUUUAACUGCAAUGAUCUUUAUUUAUUUAGGUUUAUACACUCCAGCAACAGCAAAAUGUGCAAAGCAUGCUAAAAUCCCAGUAACGUAUUCUAAUUACAUAGAUCACAAGUCCACAAAAUGCAUUUUGCCAUAAAUUUUCAUCUUACAUAUUAGGGUUAUCAUCAUCAGCACUGCUUUUUACCAUCAACAUCAAAAUCUUCAUCAAGACACUACCAUUUUCAAUACAUUAAAUGCCAAUCUUUUCAGUGAUAUUUUUUACUACUGAGAACAAUGAUCUCUUUUUCCAGACACAUAAGUGGGUGAAUGCAGAGUCAAUGCUUGAAAAGUGUUUCAUUGGCCCUCUGAAGAGAGACAGCUUGGUUAGGACAAAACCAAGUAGAACAGGUGCAAACUGAAAUUUUUUUUUUAAUCCCCUUGUUAAAUCGCACACUCAGAUGACACAGCAAAUUGAAAAGUUUGCCAAUGUCUUUAAAAAAAAGUGAAUGAAAAAGUACUUAAUAUUUAUAUAUAUUUUUUUCUUUGAACUUGUUUCAAAAGGGUCAGGAAAAUCUCUCAAUGUUUCAUCUUCCUCUUUAAAGUCUUCAAAUAGCCUGUUUGUCCCUGGUGCACAAGGUACUGACUCAUCACUGUUUUUUAAAAUAUAGCUUUUUUUUGUUUUAUCUUGACUUAUUUAGAAUAUUCCAGUCAAAGCUAAUUUUUCCAGUUUAGAUCUUUUUCAACCGCUUAGGUUGUUCAUUCAAUUGAAACAACCACCUUAAAGUUUGUUUUCUAUAUUUAGUCUUGUUUGUGUAAGCAGCGAGAAUCAUAAUCUGCAACGCAUAUCAACAGGGAUAAAGUAGAAAGUAAAAAACCUUUAGUGAGUAAAUCCUGUUUCAUGUAGAAUUAAUCACCUCCUCAUUUCUCGAUCUAAUCUCCAAGCAAGCGAGACUGAAUGCUGAGGCUCUGUACGAGCAUUCUUGUUUUAUCUUCUUUGGGGUUUAAUUGAAUGUCCAUUAGUGACUGCUUGUCAUGAGUGACCACCUUUCCAAAAGACCAGACAUUCCCAGCCUUACAAUAAUUUUGCAACCCUGAAAUGAUCAUGUUGGCAAAUUAAGGAGAGUUGCUUGAUACUUAUUAUGUUUGUCAUCAUAAUUAUUACCCGAGCUCCACUAACUUCACUCCACUCUCUUUUAAGUCUCAGAUAAUCAUUAUGCUGUCACUAAUAUUAAACCGUCAACUCUUUGCUAUACUCUGUACUUAACAGUGCUGGAUCCAGACGUUGAGAUAAGGGGGGGCGGUCUCCCAAAAAUUUUUUCGCCCCUCAGCCUCAGUUUGGUCUAAAACUAGGAGGGGGGGGGGGGGUCCCGGGCCCCUCCCCUGGAUACGCCACACCUUACAUGUUGUUGCUUGCUUUUGUUUAUCCAUUAGUUGAUGGCUUUUCUGUUCCAGUUCCUCCUCUAAACUCACCAAAUCCACGGUAAGUUACGAGCACACUAACUUGUGUACAUAUAGACUACAUUCUAAGUUUUUACCAUAUUAUUUUCUUUAAAAAAUGAUAAUUUUAUGCUUUCUCAAAGGAACAAUAGCCUGGCUGAGUUUUCUUGAAGACGACUGAGCUUAUGCAUUUAUAUGAUAAAAUUUAUUGCAAUAAACUAAUUUGAAAUACAAUCAAUCAAACAAGCAUUGCAAGAAAUUGCUAGUCAUAAUUAUCAAAGCAGUUUUAAAGUAAAAAGGAGAAAAGGUAACUGCAUAAUCUUUGCUUGAUUUGUAUUUCUUGAAUUCUAACAUUUUGUUCCUAUAUCUUUUAUCACCUUCUCCUUUACAGGUAUGAUUGGUAUCAGAAUGACAAGAUUGUCACAAUAUCUGUUUUUACCAAGAAAAAGGUAAAUAAACAUUCUUGCUUUGUCUCAUGAGGACAUACACAUGUACAAUUCUUUUAUGCUUACUGGCUGAUACUUAGCUAUAUAAGGGAUUGUCUUCCCUACCGUGCUCUGUAGGCUAAGGUGCUGAUUGGCUCAGCUUAAGAAGAUAACCGAAUAUGGUGCAUAAAUAAUGAUUGUUCAUGGCUGAAGGAUUUAGGGGGCAGAUGGUAUCCUCUCCAACUUUUACCUCUAAGAGUAUGCAGCGUGCAAAGAAAGUAGUGUCCGAUAGCCCGGGUCUAGCUGAUUUUGCUAUCAGGCUAGUGAAAUCUAUUUUUAACUUGCCCGACGGGCAAGUGAUGUUCUUUGAGGAAUUCAAAUAACAGAAGAAGUGUGAAAUCAAUUCUGCUCGACGAAAAGCUUCUGGGGCUAGGUGAAAUGACGUCUGGGCUAGUAAAUGCUAGCCUCAGUUUGCCCGAAUGGCAAGCUGUAAAAAUGAUUGUCUUUGCACCCUGAGUAUGGUGCCUGUAAACCUAUCUAAAAGUGACCAGUACAUUGUACAAACAUUAAACAUUACCUUCCGUACCCCUCCCCUCCCUCCCUUCCAACUUAUAAAUUUGUGCUUACAAAUAUGUUGCUGAUACAAAAAUAACUUAAAUGUAUAGCGGAGAAAUACAGUUUGAAAAAUACAUAUAAUUUAAGGGAUAUUAUUAUUCAUCCAUAAUAUUUCUCCAUUUCUGAUUACUGUUAUGACCAGCUUAUGCUGACCAAAUUUGGAAGGUGUUUGUUGCCUAUAUAAUUAUGUAAAUCAUUAUAGGUGACAUCAAUUUUGUAUACUUAGAUAUUGACAAAACAGGGGCAGUGGAAGACACAAUUUCUCAGCUGUUUUGGCAGAGCUUUGGAAAGUGUCAAAAAACUUCCUGUCAUGUGAAUUUUAUAAGGAAAAGCCGAACUACUGCCUAUAAAAACAUUAUCAAGAAAAGCAAACAUACCACCCAUUUAUCCCUUCACAAGCUGAAAUAAUAGGCAAACAGUUAUGAAGAUGGAAACUUAACAUAGAUCAAGUGAACAUGUUUUGUUGAAGUUGGAAAUAUUUUGAGUGAAAACCAAAAAUAAAUAUUGGAUUUGACUUCUGAGUACAAUAUAAAGAAUUAUGCCAAUAUUAGAGGAUAUUUUCUGCUUCAGCCAAUUUUAAACACCCUAUUUGGUCUGCAUAAUUCUUCAUAUCAUAGUCAACCCCACCUCAUAAUUGCUACAUGGUACAGUAAUAUUUAAAUAUGGUAGUUUUUCAGAGGGGCAGGGUAUACCGGUAAAUAUUUCAAUGGAUAUACUGGAUUUUACUAAUAUUUGCUAUGUGGAAUAUGUAAAAAGUACCAUUACUUGUUUUUAAUAUAGUCUAUUCUAAACUGGAAAAAAUUCAGUUUUUCGUUAGUAAAAAUUAAUAAUGCGGAUUAUUUGGAACAAGUUUUACUUUGUACCUUGCGCAGGAUGUAAGAAUAGAAGAUGUUAUACUGGAAUUAAAGAAUGGCAAGGACUUCAAUGCAAUAUUUAUUUUAGGAGAAAAAAGUUUUCAAAUACAUUUAGGUAUGUUGCAAUAAUGUGAAAAUUUCCCACAAUCAUUGCCAUUAGUGUCUCUGUCUUUGAGAUGAGAAUUUAAGGAUUGUUAUAUCUAUUUUUAUCUGUUGGUGUUGGUGUUGUUGUUGUUGUUGUUUGUUUGUUUUUCCUUGUUUUCAUUUUGUUUUCUUGUUGUCGUUUGGUCCAUAAACAGUGCACAGAGAGUUGAUUUCUGACUUGGCAUUUUAUAGUCAUUUAUCUUUCCACAAUUAUUAACGUUAAUUUUUUUCUUUUGUAGAUCUAAGCAAUUCUGUAAGUCAUCAACAAGGUGUGUGAACUAAAUCUUUGUUUGUUUGUUUGUUUUGUUGUUGUUGUUGUUUUGUGGAAGGUAUACAAGCAUACCUGUACAGAGCACACAAUAAAAUCGAUGCAGUUUCUCGAUUUCUUGAUGCAGAAUGUACAAUUUUAGUUCCUUCAAAAAAUGGGAGAUUUUGUUUGGAGGCCGAAAUGUUUCAAACAUUCUCAGAAUCGAUGUUUAAUGAGGUAUCAGUUGGUUCUUGUGGUCAGUUUCCACUGUGGGAUGUGCAUGUACUGUUAGUCUGACUUUUAUUUGUUUUCUUGGCUCUCGUUUGCGGGUCGAGGGAGCACUGUCCUGAUUAAUUUUAUGAUCCAAAAUGAUUAAUAUUUCCUAAGAGUAAUUGAUUUAUUUUUACUUUAAUGGCACAGUACGUGUGUCUGGAGAUAGUGGGAAAGUUGACCUUCUUUUAACGAAAGAAUCUGCUGGGAUACAGUGGGCAGACUUGGGAAGAGGUCUCCAUGGCAACAACUCACUAAAGAUGCACAAGGAUAGAGGUACAGUUUACGUAAUGAAAUAGAUAAUGGGAAUUUUAAAAGCUAAAGCACAGACUGACUUCUGUGUUGUCUAGAGGCAUAUGAUAAAGAAAUCCCAAGCAUCAUAGCAUUUGGGUCAUUUGCUUCGUUUUAUUCGUCAGGGAGCAUUUCUAAUAUAUGAUAGUCCUGUAUUCAGUUUUCCACUUCAUCUUUCACGGACUUAUAAUCUACCGACUAAAUGAGCAGCUGGACCCAGUUGCCUUGUUAGCUCAAAUCGUAGAACGCUGCACUUGUAUCGCAGAGGUCAAGGGUUCAAAUCAUGAACAAACCUGACUUUUGUUUUCCAAGCUUCCUCUUUGCAAUUUUGACCGGGAUAAGAGGGGCGGUCUUAAACUGCGAAGAUCUUCUUCAUAUGUUACUGGAUCGCUUUGUUUACGUAUGUGAUAAAUCGUUUGGUACAAAUGACAUUCCACGUCCAAAGUAAAUUCAAGAGGUAACAGAGGAGUUUGGGAAAUGUCCGGGGCGAAAAGUUAAUAAACAGUUGUGUAACAACCGUCGCACCAGGGGGCGCUUUGAAGUUAUGGGUGCGAGAAAGAACGGGACACGCAAUGGAGACACGCUCAAGUGUACCGUUCCUUCUUGCGCCUGUAGAGUGUUUUCACAUUACGUCACAACGGCCAUGUUGGUGUCCCAAAACACUGAAAAGGCCAUGUUGAUGUCCUAAACCAAUCCUGCGGGAGUUGAUCUCUUUUCUUAUGUAAACGCUUUCAUUUGUUGUAAUAUAUUUGCAUAGAUCUUGGCCACGUGAGUGAAAAUGCUCCAUAUUGCUUUCAAGCGCCUUUUACGCAGGCUAGUAACGGUUGUGUAUCGUCCUAGUGGGGAAAUCCAAAGCUGGGUGUAGUCAGAUAACUCAGAAAUGAUGGUACUCUUAAUGCCCCGCAAAGGAUAAGAUCUUUGCGUUGCUCGGAUCUUCGUCAUCAUCGUCGUCGUCAUCGUCAUCGUGUCUCUCCGUGUCAGAAGGUCUCUGUGGCAUAUGACCUUCAGGACAGGGUCGUUAGCCCUAUGUCUAAACCCCAACGUGGAGACCAGAGAAUCACUCUUCGUCUAGUCUCCACCCUUUCACCUGGUGGGCAUUGGUGGCGGGUACAGGUUUCCAACCGGUAUUGCCUUAGAGGUCACAGAGACGCGCGAAACGUCUCACUAGGAUAAGGGUGAUGACCACGUGCACGUAGAAAAAGCGGUCUUGUCUCCGGUUGGAGACGUAAAAACAGGGCUCUCAGUGUAUUUCAUUCGCCUUGCUAUAUGGCAAGUAAAAAAAUCCUUUUCUAUUUACAGACUCCAGGUUAUGGGACUGCAGAUUAAUCUCAGUGGAGAGUGUGACGCAUAAUUGUAAGCUACUUUGUUGUGAGCUGCCUGAUGGUGUCAUCAUGAGAGUUCCUGUAGGAUAUCACGUACACAUGACAAGGGAUGUUGAAGGUAUACUAUGAUAAGUCAAUGUUUGCGUAAAAAUUCGACCAGGAAUAAGGUAGACGAAGAACCACUUUGUGGAUGUGCUACCUCCAAACCAUUAUUAAAUUUAUUUAUUUAAAGAUUGUCAAGGGUGUUUAAUAGCCAAAAGAAAAGAAUUAUCUGUUCAUGCGCUUAAUUGCAAUAGGGUUGCGUUGUUUUAGAAAAAUCCAAAGAAGGAAAAUGAAAAAAGCAAACAAGGAAUUAAUUGGGCUAAUAAAUAAACUACUUCAUGAAUAGGGUGCAUUCAGUUGCGGCAGAGGCGUUUUCUUUAGUCGUAAAUCAACUGCAAAUGCGACGGCUGGAGGGGAAUGUUGCAAAUGAAUGCGCGUUAUACUAGUGCGUUACUCCCCAUUCCAACUAAAUUCCUAUUUUGCCUUUUUAAUUUUUUCAUUUUUCUUUCAGCAUUUUCAAAGACAACGUUAUUACAAUUAGGUGUAUCUCAUAAACAUAUCUGGUUACAAACAUAUUAGGUGAAUAUGCCAACUGAAAAACUGUCGGGAAUUCAAGAUUUUUUGUGGUUCUCUAGCUGGCACAAUACGAUUAGUCCCUCAUCAUACUCAGGGAUAGUUGAUCGAGCUAGAUAAUGCCUUUGUCAUCUUUGGUUUACGUCGCACCUAUCUGCCACACCUGAAAACUACCGUGAUUAGUCAUGUAAUAGUUUUUUUUUUUCAGGUAUGAAGAUCAGCCGUCCAUACACAGUGGUUCUACCAUCUUUGCAAAUUAGUGCAACGGAAAGAGAAUAUGACGGCAGGCGCUUCUAUUUAAUGAUUAAAAUCUACCCUGAUGGAACACUUACGCCCACAUUGACUUCCAUAGUAGCAGGUCAGUUGAUUUACAGACCUAAAGUUCUAAAUUGCUUGAGACAAGGUCUGUCUGAGAUCUGUGAAGUGAUUCAUCUACAUAGUGCAGAUUUAAUAGCAUUAGAAAGUGUUGGCUGGAUUUUUAGCUAGACAGAUAGCUCACAAAAUUGUUAUUUCUUUCGCACUGUACGUGGCUAUGAAUCAUGUGCCUUUUUCAAAAGCGAGUGCCAGUGUUUCAUGAAAUUUUCAAAAUAUAUAAUAUUCAGAUAGGAAACGUAUUGGGAAAAUACAGGGUAGCCGAGUCUUUUAAGAAUGACUCCGAGACUUUUGAGUGAUGUAGCUUUUUAAAUGAUAACAGUUGUCAGAGAAAAUGAAAGGAAAAGAGGAGGCGGGCUAGCCCGCUUGCCGAGAUCUUGGCUCGAGCAACAAACCAGCCAUCCUUCUUAUAUAAGCAUAACGAACAUUUAAUUGAGUAAACGAGGCUUGAACCGAGCCAACUAACCGUGCUGACGAACCUUAUAUAAACAGGCCCUAAAUUCCUUUGCUUUUGUCGACUGUCUUUGUUGAAGAGGAAACGUAACUGUAUUUGAAAACAAAGGAGGCAUCGUUAAUCAGUGUUUUUCCUCGUUUGUAUAAGGACAUUCGUUUACUUGGUAUUUCUUGUUAUACUGUGUAGAACAGCUUAAAACCUGUUUGGUCAUUUUACAGGUGAUAUUCUUCAACUUAGCGAUUACUCUGGAGACUUUGAAGAAUCCCGACUUAAUGAAGCAAAGGAGAUAGUUCUUAUUGCGGCCGGAACAGGUAUAAGGCAAGACAUUUAGUGAGAUUAGUUCUCCAUGGCCACUUGUCAUUCAUCCUUCAAUGAACUAUCACAACUUCAGAAGGGGCGACAUGACCCCCUCCUCCCCCCCCCCUAAACCCCCACGAACCCCCACGAAUUAUGUCUCAACCCAUUUUGUUUUGGUCUCCUUGAGACGUUUUUACUGGACGAGGUUUUAAGCCCCUUGUUCAGGCGUCAUUGAAAGUGUUCAAGUGUUCAAACCCGCCUUAAAUGCCCCCCCAAUAACGCCCUGCGUGCUGGUAACACGCCCAACCUGCAACCCGAAGACCGGUCUGCCCUCAUAUCUCACAAACCUCCCCAUCACGAAAAGGCAAUGGAAGGUAUUUUGCCUCCAUAAGUAAACACCUCUACAUUACUACCGAGAAUACAAAGAUAUUUGUUAUCUCACACCAAAUAUAAUUGGAUGUCUUACUAUUGUGCUAAGCAAUGAUUGUUUUUUGUUUUGACUCUUUUCCGCAGGAUUCACACCAAUGGUAAGACUUGUUCGACAGACAGUAUUGAUGCAGUCGUCAGAUGAAAAGUAAGUAGCUGCAGUACCAGUAAUGAAUACACUGUAGGGUGUCCUCGAGUGCAACAUCUUUCGGAAAAUUGUAACAAUCAAUAAGGUUCAACCUGUACAUUUUGUUGACAGACAGCCGUCCGUUGUACUAGGCCUAAAGUUCAGGCGGAAUCUCCACCGAAGAGUACCGUAACGCGAUUUAGAAUAGAGCUAAUUGAACUCUUUAAUAGAUCAAAGCCUCAGACGAAGGAAAUCUUGUUGCUGUACUUUUACUCCGUCUGCUUUGCAAACAGUUUUGUUAUUUUGUUUAUUGUCUGUAUGUGUUAUGUAUUUUGUUAUGUCAGCCUGAGAAAACAGCCGACGCUCCGUGACGUCACCACUGGUUUCCCCGGAAAAUGACGUCUGAGAGACGAUCGCAGAAAUUCCUUACUGAUGACGCGUCUCUAGUACAUGUACUUCUGAUUGGUCUUGCCGCGUGGGAAAUUUGCUUGUACCAGUCAGAAGCACCUCCUGAUCUGGGUAGUGACGCGUCAUCAGUAUGGAAUUUUUGCACUCAGACGUCUUUUAGCGGGGAAACCAGUCAGCUGGCAUCGCGAAAUGUAGGCUGUUUUCUUAGGCUAUUAUUAUGUAUGUGUGCUAACCUAAGCAUUUUCUUUAAAUGAAAACGUUCCACCUUCCCUCCUCCCCCAGUGUCAUGUAACACCCCUCCCACCAAGGUAACCGCUGUCGGUUGAGAGUUUCGACCGUAUUUUCUCUGCUGGCGAGACUUACACCAUCUCUAAACUCACCGAGUGUUUGUCCGUGUCCUUCGUGUUGUCGAGGUCAUUUUCCGGGAGCACCUUGGAGUUUUCACCGAUGAAACGUUUAAUUUUACAGAUCGGUCAAACUCCUGUUUGCAAAUCGUCAAGAGAAAGACAUUUUGUGGAAACAGCAGUUGGAUGAGCUGGCUGAAUCUGCUGGCCAAAGGUGAGAAAUUUAUCCAAGUAGUGACCGGAACUAAUUCGACAGUGAAAUAGUUUUGCAAAUCUGUUCUUUAUUAGCUUCGAAUUUCUUCGAGAAUUAUGUUUCAUUUGAAGAGGUUUGUCUUACACUGGGUCAAUUGUCUUCUAUGGUAUCCAGCGCAUUCAACAACUUACCUGCAAGUAGUUAUAAAUCAUACGAUUUUGUUGUUUGUUGUUUUUUCAUUUGCUCUCAGAUUUCAAGUGUUCUACACAAUAUCCCAGCCCACCCCCGAGUGGGACGGUUACGAAGGUCGUGUUUCCAUGGAGAUGCUCUUGGAGAUUUUACCCCCUCCCCCUACUGCUGGACAUGAACGGGAGUUGCUGAUUGCUGUGUGUGGUCCCGAUGCCUUCACACAUCACAUGGUCAGGUAAGAGGCCUAUAAUUUCUUAAAUGGGGAAAGCUGCAGUUGAUCUACCGACGCGACCACUGGUUUUCGCGCUAAACGACUUCUAAGUUAACGAGAGAAGAAAUACAAAACUGAUGACGAGUCACUACCCACAUCUAAUUCCUCUGAUUAGUAGAAAUUUGCUUCAUCAAAUAAGUACUACCCGAUCUGAGUAGUGACGCGUCAUCAGUAUGGAAUUUCUUUGCUCGUUUCUCAGGCGUCAUUUCGUUGGGAAACCAACGAACGCGAAAUCUCUGCUGUUUUGUCAGGGUACAAUAGACCUUUUUACCGAUACGGCAGCCAUAUUAAAUUUAUUAGAUUUAAGGAGUAUUGUGGGAUGCCCAGGGAGCACUUGCUCAGUAUUUACGCGCGCUUUUCGGGUCAAAAGAGAGCUUCAAUGUAUAUUUCUCGGGAAAAAGGCGAUCAUUAUUACAUCCAAACACUGCACAACGAUCUUUUUUUCCUAUUACAAUCUUUUUCUAGGAAAACUUAAAGAAAAAUUGGCCCGAAAAGCGCGCGUGAAUACUGAUGCGAGUAUACCGGAUCGUGCUCAUGCCCCUGGGCAUCCCAUAAUACUCCUUAAAGCCAAUUAAUUCAAUAUGGCUGCCGUAUCGGUAAAAAGGUCUAUUGAUCAGAUAGCUAUUUUCUUUUCUUUUUUCGUACUCUACAUUUAUAAAGAAACCUUAAGGGAAGUUAUGUGAACAUUUUUUGUCAAAAGCCUUUAUCAUAUGCCAAUCAUUAUCAACUUCCGAUAACUUCAGAUGGCCCGGAAAAAUUGCAAACCCACAUAUAAGAACUUUUUUCUAUUCUUUUAUGAAUAAUUAAGGCUAAACUGUGUUUAAAAAAGUUCUUCUCUGGUAGUGAACAAUAUACUUGGUGCUUUCCCUCACAGCAUGCUGAAAGACCUCAGUUACAGAGGAAAGAUGAUCCAUACAUUCCUCGGCUAAUAAUUGCUUAGCGUCAACACCGCAUCAUCCGAAGCUGUAAUUCGAUUCAGCGAACAUGUGAGGAAAGACGUAGGACCAGCCUUGAGUGUGUACUCACGCGCGCAUGUUUCUAGUAUGGUUACCGUGUCAACGUAAGAAACUCAUCAAGAUUUUCUUUCGUGUAUUUACCGUUUGAAUACUUAAAGUGGGCGCCAGUCGUUUGUCUCUGGUUGAAAUUUAUGUUCAUGGAUGUUAUCAUGUGUGAAUCCGGGCUGGAGUGAGCAAAGUAAAGGAACGAACCACGCUCACGUUACAGACAAGUUUCACAAGGUGGUGCCGGGCAGAUGUGUAAUGGCUGUUCCUGGUUGUAUUUCUCAUUAAUGAAGAACUGUUAGGGAAAAUUCGGACAACUAAGCGUCAUGGUCUUGAAACAACGACUUGGGAAAUGGUGACAUGAAAUGGCGACUUUUCUCGACUUUUCUCUUUCUUUCUUUGAAAUUUCAGACUUAUUAUUUAAUAAAUUUAAUAUGGCUCCUCUAAGACCUAGUUACAACCGCGGACUCUUAAACUGCUUGCAACGGAUCUGUUCAAGCUCUUGGCUGAUUAUAUACGCCAACGUCCCUGAUUACAAAAUUAGACAACAGAUCACAUCGACCAUCAGACGAUGGAAUGGAAGCAUUUAGGAACACCCCUUCUGUUCAUUCUUGCCCCCCCCCCCCAGCUCUUUCAAUGGGCACUUUGUUUCGUGCAAGUAUUAAGAACACGCAAAAAGCUCUUUCUUGAUCGGCCGACGCCUUGGUGCACCUUUUGACUAACUUUGCAAAGGGCGCAUCCUUGCUGGACGAGGCUUUGUAUUUUUACUUUUAAAGUUGUAUUAUUUAUGAAUUAACGUCCUUUGCGAAAAACAUCUUUCUGUCAUCUUCACCAGUAUUGUACAUUAUGUUUGGACAGAAUUUAAAUACAUUCAUAAAAUGUACAUAUUAUAAAACUUCAGUGCCGGGUAUUUGAAUAGAGAUUAGACACGAUAAAAACUAACGUUUCUUUAUUGCAAAAAGUUUUAAGGCACGGACAAAAUAUUGUUCAUAAACACAUUUUGGUUACAAAAUAUGACACUUAUACACUGCUCC